AUGUAACAGGUUUAACAAUUCCCAUGCAGUCUUGAUACUCUUAAUAAUAAUACAAAUAAAAAUGGUAUUGCCAGAUAAAUGCCCUAUACAUACCUGUACAAUUGAAAUGAAGUAUUACACCUCAUACUUAACUUUUAUUUAUCGACCUAUCGAUCACGUUUUGCAGUAUAACAAUAUACUGUUUUAAUCAUAAAUGGAUCCAGGAUAAAUAUAACAAUAUGUUAAUCAAUAAUGUAAUGACAAAUACAGCUAUCAUAUUAACGAGGCGUAACUAGGACCUUGAGUUUUUCCCGACCACAUGAGUUGACCAGGAAAAGGAAAAACUCAGGGAACUAAAUUAUAGACCAAAACUGGGGCCCAGAGUUUUUCCUCAAUUUCAUGGUCACAUACAGUUGAAGUAGGAAGUUUACAUAAACUUAGGUUGGAGUCAUUAAAACUAGUUUUUAAACCACUACACACAUUUCUUGUUAACAAACUAUAGUUUUGGCAAGUCGGUUAGGACAUCUACUUUGUGCAUGACACAAGUAAUUUUUACAACAAUUGUUUACAGACAGAUUAUUUCACUUAUAAUUCACUGUAUCACAAUUCCAGUGGGUCAGAAGUUUACAUACACUAAGUGUCACGCCCUGGCUCUGGGGACUCUUGUAUGUUGAGCUAGGGUGUGAGUUUUCAUUGUUUUGUGUUCUAGUUUGGUAUUUCUAUGUUGGCCAGGGUGGUUCCCAAUCAGAGACGGCUGUAGCUCGUUGUCUCUGAUUGGGAGCCAUACUUAGGUAGCCGUUUGGCAUUGUUUUGGUGUGGUAUCUUGUUCCGUUUGGUUUGUGUAACCGUAGGACUUCACGUUUCGUAUCGUUUGUUGUUUUGUUCGUUGUGUUGUACAUUUAAUAAAUAUUAUGUACGCAUAUCACGCUGCGCCUUGGCCCGCUUCUUCUCAAGACGAUCGUGACAGAAGAUACCACCUCGACUGGGUCAAGCAGCGUGAGGAGGAGAGAGGCUGGACUUGGGAGCAGAGGAGCGAGAGUCUGGCGAGAGCCAUGGAGGCCUGGCCCACGGGGAGGAGAGACGCCCAGAACAUUUUUAGGGGGGGGCUCACGCCGUGGACGACGGGGCAGCAGGAGACCGGGAUAGAGUGGUUCAGCGGGUUGGCAAAGGAGGCCGCCAGGUUACGGGAGUCACUGGUCACCAGGGGGAAGGAGAAUGUAGAGGCACGGCGAGAGGUGCUGGGGUGUGUUGCCAGUCCAAUCCGGCCCGUUUCUGAUCCCCGCGUAGGGCCAGUGGUGCGUGUCGCCAGCCCGGUCCGGCCUGUUCCUGCCCCUCGCACCAAGCCAGUGAUGCGCGUCGUCAAACCGGUCCGGCCUGUUCCUGCUCCCCGCACCAAGCCAGUGGUGCGCUUCGUCAGCCCGGUUCGGCCCGUCCCUGCUCCCCGCACCAAGCCAAUGGUGCGCGUCGUCAGCCCGGUCCGGCCCGUCCCUGCUCCCCGCACCAAGCCUGUGGUGCGCGUUGUCAGUCCGGCACAGCCCGUGCCUGUUCCACCGGUGGCUGGUCCGGCACCGGUCAGCUGCUCCACUCCGGAGCUAGAGCAAUCCGCUCCACCAGUGUUCAGUCCAGCUCCGGCCAGCAGGGCCAGACCGGACCAGGGGCGCUUUGGGGGGUUAGAGAGGGAGUGGGGGUCAUGCCCGGAGCCGGAUCCGCCGCCGAGGCGGAGUGCCCACAAAGAUCGUACCUUUUGGAGAAAUGUCCUCUGGUCUGAUGAAACAAAAAUAUAACUGUUUGGCCAUAAUGACCAUCGCUAUGUUUGGAGGAAAAAGGGUAAGGCUUGCAAGCUGAAGAACACCAUCCCAACCGUGAAGCAUGGGGGUGGCAGCAUCAUGCUGUGGGGGUGCUUUGCUGCAGGAGGGACUGGUGCACUUCACAAAAUAGAUGGCAUCAUGAGGAAGGAAAAUUAUGUGGAUAUAUUGAAGCAACAUCUCAAGACAUCAGUCAGGAUGUUAAAGCUUGGUCGCAAAUGGGUCUUCCAAAUGGACAAUGACCCCAAGCAUACUUCCAAAGUUGUGGCAAAAUGGCUUAAGGACAACAAAGUCAAGGUAUUGGAGUGGCCAUCACAAAGCCCUGACCUCAAUACUAUAGAACAUUUGUGGGCAGAACUGAAAAAGCGUGUGCGAGCAAGGAGGCCUACAAACCUGACUCAGUUACACCAGCUCUGUCAGGAGGAAUGGGACAAAAUUCACCCAACUUAUUGUGGGAAGCUUGUGGAAGGCUACCCGAAACGUUUGACCCAAGUUAAACAAUUUAAAGGCAAUGCUACCAAAUACUAAUUGAGUGUAUGUAAACUUCUGACCCACUGGGAAUGUGAUGAAAGAAAUAAAAGCUGAAAUAAAUCAUUCUCUCACUAUUAUUCUGGCAUUUCAAAUUCUUAAAAUAAAGUGUGGAUCCUAACUGACCUAAGACAGGGAAUUCGUACUAGGAUUAAAUGUCAGGAAUUGUGAAAAACGGAGUUUAAAUGUAUUUGGCUAAGGUUUAUGUAAACUUCCGACUUCAACUGUAGUUACCUCAUGAAAAACUCAGGGGCCCUAGUCAUGACCUUUGGCCUCUGACCUCUGUGUGUCAGGUGUGAUUGUGACGGCGCGGCGGUUCGACCGGGAGAGACAGAGAGAGUACUCCAUCACGGUGACGGCUACAGACUGGGCUGAGGAGCCCCUCAUAGGGAUCUGCCAGCUCAACGUCCUCAUCCUGGACCACAAUGACAACAGCCCCAAGUUUGAGAACCUGCGCUAUGAGUGUGAGUGUCGUAUUAUACAUAAUAACACAUGAUAAAGUAUAAUACUAAUACAUAUGAUUGAUGGCAGACUGACCAUUCGUUAUCAUGCUAUAGACUAUUAACCAAAGCUAUUAGAAAAGGUUUUAUGUACUAUGAGUUAUGCAUAGUAACUCUUUACAGUGGCUUGCGAAAGUAUUCACCCCACUUGGCAUUUUUCCUAUUUCGUUACCUUACAACCUGGAAUUUUUAGGGGGUUUGUAUCAUUUCAUUUACACAACAUGCCUACCACUUUGAAAAUAUGUUUUAUUGUGAAACAAACAAGAAGUAAGACAAAAAAACUGAACUUGAAAGUAUUCACCCCCCCCCCCCCCCCCCCCCCCCCCCCCCCCCCGGGCUUUGACUAGGCCAUUCCAAGACAUUUAAAUGUUUCCCCUUAAACCACUCAAGUGUUGCUUUAGCAGUAUGCUUAGGGUCAUUGUCCUGCUGGAAGGUGAACCUUCGUCCCAGUCUCAAAUCUCUGGAAGACUGAAACAGGUUUCCCUCAAGAAUUUCCCUGUAUUUAGUGCCAUCCAUCACUCCUUCAAUACUGAUCAGUUUCCCAGUCCCUGCCAAUGAAAAACAUCACCACAGCAUGAUGCUUCACUGUGGGUAUGGUGUUCUCGGGGUGAUGAGAGUUCUUGGGUUACCGCCAGACAUAGCGUUUACCUUGAUGUUUGGGGAGACUCCCACAUGCCUUUUGGUGAACACCAAACGUGUUUGCUUAUUUUUUUCUGUAAGCAAUGUUUUUUUCUGGCCACUCUUCCAUAAAGCCCAACUCUGUGGCGUGUACGGCUUAAAGUGGUCCUAUGGACAGAUACUCCAAUCUCCACUGUGGAGCUUUGCAGCUCCUUCAGGGUUAUCUUUUGUGUCUUUGUUGCGCCUCUGAUUAAUGCCCUCCUUGCUUGGUCCGUGAGUUUUGGUGGGCGACCCUCUCUUGGCAGGUUUGUUGUGGUGCCAUAUUCUUUCCAUUUUUUAAUAAUGGAUUUAAUGGUGUUCACCCAAGGGAUGAAUACUUUUGCAAGGCACUGUACUUAAUUAUCUGGUGAAAGUUUUCAUCGUAAUCCAUUGUCUUUAAAUGUUUUGCCAUACAUAAAGAUGUAAACAUACAUAAACAUAUGUAAACAAUUGAUUUGUGAUCUAUUGAUUCAGUCUACACUGUUCACCAAAGUUGUGACAGACCGUAACCUUGCUCCAGAGUGAGGAGCAUAUUGUUUGGUCUGUAUUGUCUCUCACAGACUUUCUGAGAGAGGACACCAUGAUCGGCACCAGUUUCCUGCGUGUGGCGGCGCACGAUGAUGACUUUGGCACCAACGCCGUCGUCACCUACUCCAUGUCCCAGGAGAAGCCUGAGUACCUGAGGGUCAACCCCGUUACCGGCUGGGUGUACGUCAACCAGCCCAUAUCACAGGUCUGUCACAUAACCAGUCAGUCAAUCAGCCCAUCUCACAGGUCAGUCAAUAAGUCAGUUAACCAGCCAGUCAACCAGCCCAUAUCUCAGGUCAAUUAACCAGACAGUCAGCCUGCCCAUAUCACAGGUCAGUCAACCAGUCAGUCAACCAGCCAGUCAACCAGCCCAUAUCACAGGUCAGUUAACCAGCCAGUCAACCAGACUCUUGCUCAAUCACAGUAGAAAUCAUGAGUGCAGGGUGAUAGAGCUGUAUAAAAUACAGUGUCAUAAACUAACUGAACCAUACCCUCGCUAUUGUUUUGACGUCAGAGGUCCUACAUCACACGGGAAAUAGUUGCUACGGACGGGGGGAACCGCAGCACAUCUGUGGAGCUGUCUGUCACCAUUACCAACGUGAAGAACCAGCCCCCGCAGUGGGAAAAGGACAGCUACAGCGUGGUCAUCCCAGAGAACACAGCCAGGGACACCCCCAUCGUGGUGCGUGGAACAGUCCGGGUACCAGCCUGGGUGGCAUGGGAAGCCUAUCCCAUUAUGGCCUUUGGGGGUGUCUUGGUUUUAUUUAUUUUGUUUGCUGGCUGCAUACACGUUAGUCAAUUUGUUGGAACAAUUUUGAUGAAUUGUUAAGUUAAUUACAUUUUCGGUUGCAGCCUCGGAUUUAGUCAAGGAGCGCUAAUUGACUUGACUAACCUGCUGUAAUUUGCAAUUUAAUUGACUUAGCAUGCUCAACAACUGAAUAAACGUAAUAUUAUACAGAAAAUCCCAUUGAAUGUUUUUGUCGUAAUUCCCUCGCAAAAACAUUGUUUGCUCUCUGUUUACGUCAGACGAUCAAAGCGACCUCGUUGCUAGGCGACCCCAGGUUGACUUAUAACCUGGAGGAGGGCGUGGUCCCGGAGACUAAUAUGCCUGUGCGCUUCUACCUGUCGCCCAACCGCGAGGACAGCUCUGCCUCCAUCCUUGUGUCGGAGCCGCUGGACUAUGAGACCACACCCAGUUUUUCCCUGAGGGUGCGGGCACAGAACGUGGCGGCUGUACCACUGGCUGCAUUCACCACCAUCUAUGUCAACGUCACAGGUAGGUCUCAGCUCAGACACCCUGCAAACACCCCAUCACGGGGGGCAAAUCCUAACUUCCAUUUACGUCAAAUGUUUCACUUAGUCUUGCAUGGAUGUCAGUGGGAAACUUAUUGAACAUUUGACUUAAGAGGAAGUUAGAGCCACCCCUGGGUGAACUGUAAACAUUCGCUAUUGUCUUCAAUGGACAUUGAACCAUGACUUAUAUAUUUUUUACAUAGUAUUCUUUGAAAGUUGUAAUUUUAUACACCCAUUAGCACAAAGUCAGUGAAAAACCUCCAUACUGAACCUUUUUUAACUUGAAAUAGACCGUUUUGAUUACAGGUGCAUAAAUACAUUUUCAAAUAAUGAUUUCUCAUAUGUUGGCCCUCAGACGUGAACGACAAUGUUCCCUUCUUCACCUCCUCCAUCUAUGAGGCAUCAGUGACUGAGGGAGCCAAGGUGGGGACCAUGGUCCUCCAGGUGUCUGCUCACGACAAGGACCUGGGUCUCAACGGACAGGUUAGUGGCCCAUCCACAACAUCUAACAUAACACAACACAACAGAAUAUCCAUUGACCCAUCCAUAAUUUAGCAUCACAUAGUUCUUCUGCUUGUGGCGCUUUGACCACACAACUGUGAAGGUGUACUUACAGUAUACAGUGAGGGAAAAAAGUAUUUGAUCCCCUGCUGAUUUUGUACGUUUGCCCACUGACAAAGAAAUUAUCAGUCUAUCAUUUUAAUGGUAGGUUUAUUUGAACAAUGAGAGACAGAAUAACAACUAAAAAAUCCAGAAAAACCCAUGUCAAAAAUGUUAUAAAUUGAUUUGCAUUUUAAUGAGGGAAAUAAGUAUUUGACCCCUCUGCAAAAAAUUACAUAGUACUUGGUGGCAAAACCCUUGUUGGCAAUCACAGAGGUCAGACGUUUCUUGUAGUUGGCCACCAGGUUUGCACACAUCUCAGAAGGGAUUUUGUUCCACUCCUCUUUGCAGAUCUUCUCCAAGUCAUUAAGGUCUUGAGGCUGACGUUUGGCAACUCAAACCUUCAGCUCCCUCCACAGAUUUUAAAUGGGAUUAAGGUCUGGAGACUGGCUAGGCCACUCCAGGACCCUAAUGUGCUUCUUCUUGAGCCACUUCUUUGUUGCCUUGGUGGUGUGUUUUGGGUCAUUGUCAUGCUGGAAUACCCAUCCACGACCAAUUUUCAAUGCCCUGGCUGAGGGAAGGAGGUUCUCACCCAAGAUUUGACGGUACAUGGCCCCGUCCAUCGUCCCUUUGAUGCAGUGAAGUUGUCCUGUCCCCUUAGCAGAAAAACACCCCCAAAGCAUAAUGUUUCCACCUCCAUGUUUGACGGUGGGGAUGGUGUUCUUGGGGUCAAAGGCAGCAUUCCUCCUCCUCCAAACACGGUGAGUUGAGUUGAUGCCAAAGAGCUCCAUUAUGGUCUCAUCUGACCACAACACUUUCACCCAGUUCUCCUCUGAAUCAUUCAGAUGUUCAUUGGCAAACUUCAGACAGGCAUGUAUAUGUGCUUUCUUGAGCAGUGGGACCUUGUGGGCGCUGCAGGAUUUCAGUCCUUCACGGCGUAGUGUGUUACCAAUUGUUUUCUUGGUGACUAUGGUCCCAGCUGCCUUGAGAUCAUUGACAAGCUCCUCCCGCGUAGUUCUGGGCUGAUUCCUCACUGUUCUCAUGAUCAUUGCAACUCCACGAGGUGAGAUCUUGCAUGGAGCCCCAGGCCGAGGGAGAUUGACAGUUCUUUUGUGUUUCUUCCAUUUGCAAAUAAUCGCACCAAUUGUUGUCACCUUCUCACUAAGCUGCUUGGCGAUGGUCUUGUAGUCCAUUCCAGCCUUUUUUCCCUCACUGUAUGAGGAUAGUGUUGCAGUGACUUGAGUCUCUAUGAACAGUCCUGUGACUCAUACAUAGAACAAUUACUCCCCCGCACUCAUGAUUACUACAGCACGGUUUAUCGUUGGUGUUUCCAUCGGUUGCAGUGACCACAUGGAUGUGAUAGAAUGAUUCUGUAUGGCAUCCAUAUUAGGAAGUUGUCAAAUGUAUGUAAUGUGUUGACUUCCUAAUAUGGAUGCCAUAUAGAAGUCAGAAAUCUUCUAAUAUGGAUACCGUAAUGAACUGUACUCUGUCCCUGUCCUAUAGAUCACCUACUCCCUCCUGAGUGACAGUAGUGGGGACCACCGUCUGUUUCGUGUGGAUCCAGAGCUGGGCUCCAUCUAUACAGAAGCUGUGUUUGACCGCGAGGCGCAGGGAUCGUACCUACUGGAGGUGCAGUCUGAAGACGGCAUGGAGUCAGCAAGGCCUGGGAGGAACAAACAGCCCAACUUUGGUGAGGGCUGGGUUGUAUUUAUUAGGGCACAACAUAGCAAAACGUAUUUUUUUCGAUUUGCAGUGAUGUUCGGUAUCUCCUGAUUUGACUACUGCAGUCAUGUAAAAACAAAAAAGGCAGGGGCUGCGGAGCCUACUUUUCCCGGACCUGAAGCUUAUGCGCAUGUGUUUCUUUACUAAAUUUGUGUGGUCUCCUUCCCUUCACAUUUCUCACUGUCAGUCUUGAAUUAUUAUUAUUCAUAAUUAUUAUAAUAUAAUGUUCAUGAAGCAUCUGCAUACCAACCAUUGUAUCUCAAUCAGUUUCAUGGGAAAAUGUAUAUAGAUAUUCUUAAGUUAUACAGUGUUGUUUCGAAGUAGCCUACAGCGUUGUUUUAAAUUGUGUACAGUGAGCGAAUUUUAGAGCAGAUGGUGUUAACAAACUAGCAUAGCCUACCUGUGUAUUUUGCCUAGUGGCCUGCCUGUGUAUUUUGCCUAGUGGCCUACCUGUGUAUUUUGCCUAGUGGCCUACCUGUGUAUUUUGCCUGUUGAGUUUUGUCCACAUGAGAAAUGUGGUGGUGUUUUUGUCGUACAGUAAUGUUAUACUAUGCUAUUAUAUUUGGUUCUGUUAUGUAGAAUACUAUCAUUAUGUGAUUGUGCAGACAUUGAUUCAGCUUUGAUCUAACUUUAUUAAACCAGCACCAUUCACCAGAGUAGCCUGUUUUUUACAAAUAAAGUAGAGCAUGAACACAUGCGCAGAAGCUUCGGGAUCUUUAGUCCGGAGAAAAAAAGGUCAGAGAAAAGUUGGGUCCGCAGCCAAAGAAUACAAAGUGAAGUACUGUAAUGUAUAUAGCUAGGGCUUUUCAUAAACCCAAUGUGCUCGGCUGAAACAAAGUACAAAAUGAAUUCCUGCACAUUGUUUUACAUAGACAAGAAUUGCCUAUUGCAUUCUAUUAAUUUGCCUCCUGCGAGGGCAUAUGAAAAGAUCAUCUUUGAUUUGAUUUCUUCUAAUAGCGUAACCGGACAGCCUCUCUUCCCUGUAGAAAAACAUUCUGAGGGUUGUGGUACAUAAUUUUACAAAAACAUCUAAUUUAGCAGUUUACUGUUCAGAAAUCUGCAUUUCUGUUUGGCUUGGUCCUUCAUGAUGACAGAAUGAACUCUGUUUCGGUAUCGCAGGUGAUGUAAUAGGAAGCUUUGCGUUACGAAUUAGGGUUUUUUAACAAAUGUUUGUGGAUAAGGUAAUAGUGGUAAGGGUGAUGGUUUUGAACAGCAAAGCCUCCUCUCCGGGGGAUGUGAGGGGGCUGCUUAGCAUUUCCAAUGAGCCUUAGCGCUGUGUUGGCGUUGUCUUCUGCCACAUAUCUGCACCAGCAGAAGUGCUCAUCUCCUUAGCAAAUACUACUGUCUGUCGGGAGAGGGAGAGGGAUGAAAAAGAAAGAGAGAGAGCGAGAGAGAGAGAGGGGGGGGGGGGGGGUAGAGGGGGAUAGGGCCAGGAAGAGAGGGAGAGGGAGGGAGGAAGGGAGAGCGUGCAGAGAAAUGCAGAGAGAAGUGGUGAAAAUAGACGCACAUUUGUAUACAUGGCCAUGUUGCAUGUCCUUCUAAACAUACCACUUACGACAAACAUGUCACCAACAUUUUUUGAAAAAUAUAAUUAUAUUUGAGUAAAAAAAUUAAGAUGUGAAAAAGGACCCAGACAGACAGAGACGUAAACACUUGUCGACUGAUACAUAUUUUAUCAUCCCAGAGGAGAGGUGGAUAGGUUCUUCUUCUGUUUGUUUUUUUAGAAAAGUCUGUUUGUUUGCUGCCAAAAUGUAACCCAGCUAAAACAGUGAACCGUCUACCAUGGUUCAAUAAUUUCAGUAAUUCCAAACACCUAAUCGAGAAUUACAUUAUUUCUGAUUUUUUUGUCAAGUGAGGCACAUUACAUUGGGUUAAGUGCUUCUCUCCCCUUCAAAAGUGUUGUUGGCUCACACUGUGACUGCCAACAUCCUCUGAUGUAAAGAGGGAUUGGAUGGAAUGAGAAGUGUUAGGAUGAGAGGAGAGUGAGAGAGGAGGAUGACAUACCGAGUUGUUGCUCCAUGGCGUUUAAUCUCCUUCCUCUUGUUGUUCUUCUUGCAGACACAGCAUAUGUGCGGGUUUUCAUCAGCGACGUGAACGAUAACAAACCUGUCUUUGCUCAGCGUCUCUAUGAAGUCGGCGUUGACGAGGACGCAGAUGUCGGCCUGGCUGUUGUCACCGUCAGUGCUAAUGACGAAGAUGAAGGUAUGGAAGGAAAGAUGAGAUGGCAGGGGAAGAAAGAGAGAGAAUAAAACCAGUGAUGACACAUUUCUCUUUUUCUCGGGAGUGCAGGUUAUGGCACUAGGGCAGUGAGGAAGGUAACCUGGCACAGGUUCAACAUUUCAUGAGGACUUUUGAAACCUGAGGGGAAAAGUCUGUUUUUCACAUUUUGUGCCUGGCCAAAACUGUCCUUGGGCAGGGGUGACUGUCAAUCAAAUAUUGAAAUUUUCCCGAACCCCAGACUCUAGUAAAUUGUCUAGUUUCUGAGAGGGCAGUGAAGGGUUACAAAUGUUCAAAAAUGACUCACCACAAGUGCCACAUCUCCACAUCUGGAUUCAGUUCUGAUUAAAUCAUGCUGAGACGAGAUGAGCUGAGCCACCCUGUGCUACAUUAGGACGCAGCAAUUUAAUCGUCAAGUAAUGCAACACCACAUAUGUUCUAAAAAGAAAGACACACUCCUACACAGUAGGUGGGUGGGAUUUGGUGUGAUAAACCAGCUCAUCCCCUGUACAGCAGCAACACUCUGCGGAAUAUCCCUUUAUCGGCCAUGUUUUGGGUUGUUAAUCAAGUAUUUAUCGCAAGUGGGGGUCGGUGCGGCUUAGCUUGUAGGGUAUGUAGCGCUAGCCUCAACCAAGCCAUGAUGAACGACCAGAAAGCACCAGCCCCCUACAUUUGAAGUUAGCAGUUCUGCUCGGGAGGCUAAACCCAAUCUGUCUUGUUUAAAAAAUCCACACGGACUCGACUGCAGUAUAAGCUUAUCGGAGAGCCCAGAGGGAGCGCUUUGUCUGUUGAUUUAUGUUAAUAGCAGAGAUUAGACUAGCAUUUACAUUGGGCUUUAACACAACAGACUGAUUGAAAGGGGAGCCAUGAAACAUCCAGGGGAUUAAUUUAUCUGGCUAACGUUAACCCACUGUAUGGCGUCCAUGGAGACACACUGGUGAAGUUCAGAUAUCUACUUCCUCAUUGGUCCAUUUCUCAAACCCUCAAGGUAACAUAGGCAGGGGUUCAAUUUGGCAGGUGUAUCUUACACAGGAAUGGAGUCCUACCACCUGUUGACAUACAGCACAGUCUGUUUCUGCUCUAGCCAACAUGUCAUUGUCUUGUUAAAAAAGGUACCAAUAACAUAAACUUGUUGAAUGCAGGAACAGUCUGGCACAUACAGUGAGGGAAAAAAGUAUUUGAUCCCCUGCUGAUUUUGUACGUUUGCCCACUGACAAAGAAAUGAUCAGUCUAUAAUUUUAAUGGUAGGUUUAUUUGAACAGAGAGACAGAAUAACAAGAAAAAAAUCCAGAAAAACGCAUGUCAACAAUGUUAUACAUUGAUUUGCAUUUUAAUGAGGGAAAUAAGUAUUUGACCCCCUCUCAAUCAGAAAGAUUUCUGGCUCCCAGGUGUCUUUUAUACAGGUAACGAGCUGAGAUUAGGAGCACACACUUAAAGGGAGUGCUCCUAAUCUCAGCUUGUUACCUGUAUAAAAGACACCUGUCCACAGAAGCAAGCAAUCAAUCAGAUUCCAAACUCUCCACCAUGGCCAAGACCAAAGAGCUCUCCAAGGAUGUCAGGGACAAGAUUGUAGACCUACACAAGGCUGGAAUGGGCUACAAGACCAUCGCCAAGCAGCUUGGUGAGAAGGUGACAACAGUUGGUGCGAUUAUUCGCAAAUGGAAGAAACACAAAAGCACUGUCAAUCUCCCUCGGCCUGGGGCUCCAUGCAAGAUCUCACCUCGUGGAGUUGCAAUGAUCAUGAGAACGGUGAGGAAUCAGCCCAGAACUACACGGGAUAAUCUUGCCAAUGAUCUCAAGGCAGCUGGGACCAUAGUCACCAAGAAAACAAUUGGUAACACACUACGCCGUGAAGGACUGAAAUCCUGCAGCGCCCGCAAGGUCCCCCUGCUCAAGAAAGCACAUAUACAGGGCCGUUUGAAGUUUGCCAAUGAACAUCUGAAUGAUUCAGAGGAGAACUGGGUGAAAGUGUUGUGGUCAGAUGAGACCAAAAUUGAGCUCUUUGGCAUCAACUCAACUCGCCGUGUUUGGAGGAGGAGGAAUGCUGCCUAUGACCCCAAGAACACCAUCCCCACCGUCAAACAUGGAGGUGGAAACAUUAUGCUUUGGGGGUGUUUUUCUGCUAAGGGGACAGGACAACAUCACCGCAUCAAAGGGACGAUGGACCAUCAAAUCUUGGUUGAGAACCUCCUUCCCUCAGCCAGGGCAUUGAAAAUGGGUUGUGGAUGGGUAUUCCAGCAUGACAAUGACCCAAAACACACGGCCAAGGCAACAAAGGAGUGGCUCAAAAAGAAGCACAUUAAGGUCCUGGAGUGGCCUAGCCAGUCUCCAGACCUUAAUCCCAUAGAAAAUCUGUGGAGGGAGCUGAAUGUUCGAGUUGCCAAACGUCAGCCUCGGAAACUUAAUGACUUGGAGAAGAUCUGCAAAGAGGAGUGGAACAAAAUCCCUCCUGAGAUGUGUGCAAACCUGGUGGCCAACUACAAGAAACGUCUGACCUCUGUGAUUGCCAACAAGGGUUUUGCCACCAAGUACUAAGUCAUGUUUUGCAGAGGGGUCAAAUACUUAUUUCCCUCAUUAAAAUGCAAAUCAAUUCAUAACAUUUUUGACAUGCGUUUUUCUGGAUUUUUUAGUUGUUAUUCUGUCUCUCACUGUUCAAAUAAACCUACCAUUAAAAUUAUAGACUGAUCAUGUCUUUGUCAGUGGGCAAACGUACAAAAUCAGCAGGGAAUCAAAUACUUUUUUCCCUCACUGUAUGCUAGCUAACAUAAUAUACACUGAGGUAUGUCCAAAAAAGGCCCUGCAUUAGACUAGUGUCCUGUCCAGGGGGUGUACUUGUACAGUACAUCAAGCUGCCUCACGCUACAGAAACAGGAGAUAGGCUCUUGCCAAGGCUCGUGCAAGGUUACUUACUUACCUUUGUCCAAAAUGGCAGCCUAUUUCCUAUAUAGUGCACUUUAGAGUAUUAUGUAGGGAAUAGGGUGCAAUUUCAGACUUGCCCUAAUUCUAAGAACAGCAUCCAGAACUCCACCUUCCAGAAUGCCAAUUUCUUCUGGUCCCUCCACAGGUGCCAACGCCAAGCUGCGCUAUCAGAUCACAUCAGGCAACACUGGGGGGGUGUUUGACAUGGAGCCUGAAGUAGGAACCAUCUUCAUCGCCCAGACUCUGGACUACGAGCUGCAGAAGAGGUACAAGCUGCUGGUGCUGGCAUCGGACGGGAAGUGGGAGGACUACGCCGCUGUGGUGGUCAACGUGGUCAACAAGAACGACGAGGCACCAGUCUUCUCUAUGAACGAGUACUAUGGCUCAGUGACAGAGGAGCUGGAUGGCUCGCCGGUCUUUGUGCUUCAGGUGUGUGUCUCAGAGUUCUUUCUCUAACCAGGGUGCCAGUCUGUUUCAGCUUGAGCAGUCAGGUACCGAGGCUCACACAACCAUGUGAAAUGUAUGCUUCUGUAUUUCAUACUGUACAUGUGCUAGCUGUAGCUGAUCACUACAAUAGCUGUCACUCUACAAGUUAUUUCUGUCUCUAGCCUGAGUGCCUGUCUGUUUCUGCUUGAGUCAAGACAGUAGCUGUGUUCGAAUACCCAUACUAACAUACUGUAUACUACAUACUUAAUGAGUAUAUACUACAUACUAUAUACUAUUAGUUCAUUUUAGUAUACUGUAAAUGAACGGUAUCCUUUCAGUUGAGCGUACUAGCAAUUUGCCUGUCUACCGGAAGGUGAUGCUGUUGCUAUGUAACCUCUUGCUAGCUUGUUAGCAUAACAAAUUACUAGUUAGACAUUUUACGACUUCGGGUGUGUUCGUAAAUUCAAUCUGGAGUGCCAGAGAGCACUCAGAGUGUGCUCAGGGUGUUCGUAAAUUCAGAGCGUUGUCUGAUUGUCCGUUCGUAAAUUCAAAGCGUACACUGGACGCUCUGGCCGUGGAGUAGGGUUGAUCUGAGCGUUCUGACCUCACAACGGCAGUCAAGCACCCAAGCUAACUGGCUAAAGUUGACUAGCUUGCUAGCUACAUCCAGACACAAAUGAGAGAACACCUCACUCUGACCAUUUUACUCGCCCAAGCAGAGCUGGUUAGGCUGUUUUCAUGUUAUCCAGAGCGUUGGCGACUAACUGUGCUGCUGGCAACAAUUUCAUUACGUUUUUUUGCCAAUGUUUACUGACACCGGCCAUAUUCAACGGGUGUUGAGCGUUCGUAAAUUAUUCUGCGCUCUGGCACACUACGACGAGAGUGCUCUGAAAUAGGAGUAGAUUGCCAGAUCGAAUUUACGAACGCACCCGAAUUAACAAUGUCCAUUGAGAACGCACAAUAACUAUUCCAUUUAGCUAAGCUAAGAAUGAUGUGAAUAAUCAAGUCAAUAAACGUUGGGUAGUUAGAUAGCAUAUAGUUAAUAUACUGGCAAGUUUGAUGUAUUAGUAGUCAACUAACGUUAGGUAGCUAGCUAACAUACCAGUACAUACUGCCAUAAUGAUAUGCUAUGCGGUUCAUAAGGAUAGGAUAAUAACAAAUUGUCAGCCAACAUCACGUGUAACUUAUUUGAAAAGUCACGACUUCAUUACAUUGCUCAACAUUUUCUUAACAUUUGUCAUAAUUAGUUAAAGCAAUGAAUUUGUAUCCGCUCUUGUCGGACUUCAGCUGCAUAUUUUCCGCCAUUUUCUUCAAAUCUGAAAACGUUGUGAAGCCACGCCCAUUUUCGGAAGAAUCGGGCCCUAAAAGCACGGAAAUAGUGUCCACUGCUUGUAUACAUCGUGUUUUGGCGAAUGUAGUACGACAUCUGGGAACUUUUGGCAUACUAACUAUAUCCAAAUUAUGACGAAUAAGCAUACUACAUUCUCAAUUUACAUCACAAAUAGUAUGGUUAGUGCGGCUAGUAUGAGUAUUCGAACACAGCUAUUGUUUUGUUGUUUGACAAGGCAGGGGUUCAUUUUGAAUGCACAAACAGUCAGGUACCCAGGAUAAUCUUUAUCAAGCAUAAAUAUCAAAUCCAUGCUUCUGUAUGUUAUGCAUGUACAUAACUAGUCUACUUUCUACUACAUAACCAAUGGCUGAGAAGAUAGAUUGAUGGGAUUUAUGCUUAUAAAGACAGCCACACACACACACAGACACAGAUGUUGAUGAGUUGUUUGUGUCUUUCCAGGUGACAGCCACAGACCCAGACAAGGAUGCCGACCAGGUCGCCGUGCGCUACUCUCUUCAUGGUCAGGGAUCGGAUUCUAAGUUUGUGAUCGACGAGAUCACAGGGAAAAUGUACGCCCAGAAGACACUGGACCGCGAGGAGCGGGCAGUGUGGCGCUUUGUGGUCCUGGCCACAGACGAGGAAGGGGAGGGGCUCACCGGCUUCACUGAUGUCAUCAUCAACGUGUGGGACAUCAAUGACAACGCGCCUUCCUUCGCCUGUGUGCCCGACGGCUGCCACGGCAACGUGGCCGAGAACUCGCCCCCAGGUACCUUCGUCAUGGAGAUGACGGCGACGGACCUUGACGACACAGCGGUGGGUCAGAACGCCAUUCUCACCUACCGUAUCAUCAAGAACACGCGUGACGCGGACGCCGCCGACUUCUUCACCAUUGACGCCAGUACAGGCACUAUCUCAGUGGCGACUGCUGGGCUGGACAGGGAGAUGGCAGAGCGGCACCAACUGGUGGUUGAAGCCAAGGAUGGAGGGGGUAUAAUGGGCACGGCUACCGCCACUAUCAUUAUCAUGGACCUGAACGACCAUACCCCCCGGUUCAAAGACGAGUGGUGCGGGGCUCGUGUGUUUGAGAGCAGCCCUCCAGACUCAACCGUCCUGGAGCUGGACGCUGUGGACUCAGACUCAGGGCCUCACGGCCUGCUGGGCUUCAGUGUGGUGGCAGGGGACCAGGGGGAGAGGUUCUACAUGGUGAGCCACAAAGCAGAGCAGUCUGGAACUCUGAGGCUGAGGAAGAGGCUGGAUUACGAGAGGCCCGGUGAGCAGCUCUUCAACCUCACCAUUCGUGUGGAAGACUCCGACUUCUCCAGCCUCAUCCACUGCAUCAUCCAGGUGGUGGAUGAGAAUGACCACGUCCCAGUGUUCGCCCACACCUCCUAUCCCCUCGCCCCUCUUCCAGAGGAUGUUGCCGUGGGAACCAGCAUCACCCAGGUGAUGGCCAGCGACUUAGACUCUGACCUGAAUGGGGAAAUAAUCUACAGCAUCUCCCCAGAGUCAGACCCAUACGGUCAUUUCACAGUGGACAGCAACGGUGUCUUGACCGUGACCCGCCCACUGGACAGAGAAACCGUGGCCGAGUACCAGCUGGUUGUCCUAGCGACAGACCGAGGUAGUCCAGCAUUGACGGGUAGUGCCACAGUCCAGCUGAGCCUGCUAGAUGUGAAUGACAAUGGGCCAGAGUUGGAGGUGGCCUACAACCCUGUCCUCUGGGAGAACAGCCCUGCUCCACAGGUGGUGUGGCUCAACCAGACCUCCACCCUGCUCCAUGUUAUCGACAGGGACUCCCCCGAGAACGGGCCUCCCUUCUCCCUCUCCCUCCCUCGCCUCUACGCCCCUGACUUCCACCUGCAAGACCAUGGCAACGGCACGGCAACGCUCACGGUGCUACACCGCUUCGACCGCGAGCGACAGAGGGAGUUCCUCCUGCCCAUGGUCUUGACGGACAGCGGUCGUCCGCCAAUGACAGUCACCAACACACUCACCAUCACCGUGGGCGACCAGAACGACAACGCCCACCAGGAGGGAGAGAAGGAGAUUUAUGUCCACAGCCGGAGGGGUGAGUCCCUCACUUUAAGACAACUGUCAGACAACUUUUAGUCAACUUUUGGUAUUCAUGAAGAGUAGGAGUGUCUAUGAGUAGUGCUGAUUUAGGAUCAGGUUUUUAUUCCCCCUUUUAUUCAUUGUGAUUUAAAAGGCAAAACUGAUCCUAUAUCAGCAAUCCAACUCUGAGAUGCUUUGUAAAUAUGGGCCCAGGAUUCUACCCAAGUUAUCACAGCAGGGAGGAUGCGGACAAAGAGUUGACUAAAUAAUUAAAUGUUCUUUCUGUCUUUAUGUGUACCUAUUCUGUGUUGUCUGAAUGCGUAAUUGAAACACCUGCGGCUAAUAUUACAAUUUAUUUUCAGCAUUUCAUGAUUCUUCAUUGCAAAUCCUUCCUUCAGGUUUAAGAACAUUCUACCCCCCACACACUCUCCACUCUACUAAUUGUAUCUGGCCCUAAUAUUGACCUGAACAUUACGAGGUCUGUGGUGUUCCUCAGGGGGGAUUGUUAAGCCCAUUAAUAUUCUGAUCAUGGACCUGGCUGUUUUAGUUUAGUUCAGUAAUUGUGUGAAACACUGCAGCAACAUGACACAUACAUUCAUACAGGCUCCCAUUGUUUACCCAGCUGCAGUACGCUGGCGCUGAGGCUCGAUAAUAACAUAAUCCCUACUGAGAUAGCCCUGACUUCCUUAAGCCCUCAGCGCUCCUCACAUCUCAAGUACUGGGAGUCUAUUCAGCCCAGACAGUGGGACUUCACACUCAUGAACAGAAUAGGUGGAACAGAAACCGCAGAAUCACAGAACAGCAAAUAAGAAAAGGGCUAAAGAUAAGCGACAUGGAGGGAGAGAAGGAGAUUUAUGUCCACAGCCUAUCACGUUGGUUUGGAAACCGUUGUUUUCAGACAAAAUCAAUGUAUUUGUGUGCGUUGUACAGGAAGGAUGCAGACUACUUCGCUGGGCAAGGUCUAUGCCCCUGAUCCUGAUGAUUGGGACAACAAGACCUACACCUUAGACGCAAGUGGAAUGAAGUAGGUGUUAUGUUUGUCUAUAAUGAGAGUGAGUCAUAAGUAAGAACACAACAUGUUAUAGGAGCUCUCUAUGUACAGAACAGUUAAUCAGUUAAACAGUUAAUAUAUGAGGGAUACAAAUAGAGAUGGAAGGGAUGGAGGAUAUCAUGUAAAAUCAACGUUACACCAUUUCAUACUUGGCCAACAAGUGCUUAUUCAACAUGUACAUCUGAUCUGAUGGCCUCGACCCCUAAAUAACAUUUCCCAUGUGUUACAUGAUGAAGAAAUGUCAGGGGAGGAAUAGAAUCACUGUAAUCAACAGUGAUUGCUACUAUGCUAAGCAUUGCAAUCAUAUUCAGAGCAAUCAGAGGAUGCAUUUGUAUCCUACUAACUGGUGGAAUUGUGGGGGGAAAAGGAUCAAGAAUGUUUUCUCCACGAUUGUUUGCAAUUUAGCAUCUAACACAGUCAGGGAGCAAAAGAAAAAUCCCAAUUGCAUAAUUUACACAUUCCUGUUUUAUUUAUAUAGCUUACAUUUUACAUUUUACAUUUUUGUAAUUUAGCAGACGCUCUUAUCCAGAGCGACUUACAGUUAGUGAGUGCAUACAUUUUCAUACUGGCCCCCCUUGGGAAACGAACCCACAACUACCCAAGGAGGGACUACUUGGCCUUGUCCAAUAAUAUACACUCAUUUCCAUUUUUUUAUGUUUUCCAUUGCAUGCCCUAAUGAAUACUACCCAGUCAUUCAAGUUUUCCACAACAUCUUUGUCCCACCAACAGGUAUUUCACCUUAGACAAGAGUACAGGUCACCUGGCCAUCAGACAGAAUACCCUAGUGGGCAGCUACUAUCUCAGAGUGGGCGUGUCUGAUGGGGUGUGGCCGGACGUGGUGUCGGGGGUCACAGUUCACGUGCUGGAGCUGGAGGACAAGGCAAUCCAUUUGUCAGCCUCCCUGCGUCUCACAGGUAGGCUACAGCAGCGUGACAGUGUCAUUCUAAUCUACUCUACAGUCUAUGAUAGGGCCUUGUGUUUUGGUUAAUCAUGUCAUGUUUUGGUUUAACCUUUCUUAAAGCGUUUUCAUCAAACUGUCCCCUUUUCUUUUUAUGUCAUAUGGUCCUCAGACAAUUUCUUUCAUUUUUGGUGUAAUUCUCAUUUCUGGAAAAGGCUUAAAAUAAUGGUUAAAAUUCAGAUCAUGUGACAUGAUUAACCAAAACACAAGGCUCUCAUGAUAAGGGCUGUGUCUGAAAAGAUUACUAGCUGUCAAAUCCUUGUUUCCUCUGUCCUUAUUGUUUACUCAAUUCCUCUCAAAGCUCAUUGGAGGAGAGGACUCAAGGUUUCCCUCUCGACCUCCUCAUCCAAUGAGCUUGGAGAGGAAUUCAGCAAACAAGAACAGAAGAAGUAGGAAUUUGACAGCUAGUGAGGUUUUCAGACAGAGCCUAUGGCCACUAGUUUUUUUAAAGACUACAGUAAGUGACUUGACAGGAGAAACUUUGGGCCAAAAGUUUCUCUCGUCAGUCCACGUGAUUAGUAAAAGCUUCAGGCCCUAGUCAAGUCAUGACCCACUCAUAGUUCAGCAACUACAUUGUUUCUACUGCUGCUGCUGUUACUCCACAGCAGGGAUGCUCUAUAGGAGAAGAUUAUCUAACAAAGCUUAUGUUGAUACGAGCUCUGAGUCUGAACGUGUCGACGUGAGUUACUUUUUCCAUUUGUUUUCCUUUCUCUCGCUCUCUAUCACUCAACUUUCCACCCACACCAAGCAUCUGUUUAUUUGUUUUCUUUCGCUCCAUUGUUGGAGAGAUAUAGAGUGUAGCUUUCAAUAAAUGUGUUUGGUUUGAGAAAGACAAUAACUGCCAAGUUAUUGUCAUUAUGAUUGAAUAAACUCAGACAUUAAGUGGAUGAUUAUGAGGUUGUCAAAUUAAUUAAGGGGGAAUCAGUGUCUGCUCUCUGAAUUGAAAUAGGAGAUAGAAUAAUAAUGGUAAAUAAAAUAGUUUCACCUCGUGGGUGAGUGAAUCGACGUGAGGUCAGCGUAUAUCAAUCGAGAGGAAUGUUGGAGAUUCCAUUUGCUAAUAGAACCAAGACUGAGAAUACUUUGAUCAACUCCGCUUGCCAGUGAAUAGUGAAUGUUCUCUAGUUUUUAAUGCCUGAGGUGUGUGUCUGUGUGCGUGUACGUGUGUAUGUGUCUCUCUCUCUUCUUCUGUGUGUGUGUGUUUGUUUGUAUUUCUUCCUUCUGCAGGCAUCACUGCCAGGGGGUUUAUUGAGUCCCAGAUGGACAAGACGAGUCGACAGGAUAUGUUCAGGGGCUUCUUGUCUGAACACCUGUCCGUCAGAUCAGGCGCCAUCAACGUCUUCAGCCUGACAGACGUAGGAAUGAAGACGCUGGACGUGCGCUUCUCUGUGCACAGCGACAGCUACCUUCACCCAGAGAAACUACAUGGAUACCUGGCAGCACAUAGAAAGAAGGUACGCCUCAAAGUUUUCCCUUCUUGAAGAUAGGGAUCUUAGCUCAUACAUCUCAGGGUGCAUAGCGGAGCAUGGCAUUCUCAAUAUCAUUUCUUUAUCAGCCAAGAGGUGCAGUGUGCAUUCAUAUCUUUUUCAUUAAUGUUGUUCACACCAACUCUCCCCCUUGUAUGUUCAUAUCUGCUUCCUCACUCUUUCUCUAUCUCUCCCCACCUCCUUGCCUCUAUCUUUUAAAUCAAAUCAAAUAAAAUGUUAUUUGUCACAUGCGCCAAAUACAACAAGUGUAGACUUUUACCGUGAAAUGCUUACUUACGAGCCCUUUCCCAACAAUGCAGAGUCACUGCAACCCCCCUCCAGGUCUCUGAUCACUACUUUGUUUCCUUUUCUGUCUCCCUCUACUCCAACCCUAACCACUCAGCCCUUACCCAGAUGGUCAUGCGCCGUCACAAUCUUUGCUCGCUCUCUCCCACUACUCUCUCCUUUUCUAUCCUAUCAUCUCUCCCUUCUGCUAAAUCCUUCUCCCUCCUGAUUCUGCCUCUUCGACCCUACUCUCCUCCCUUUCCGCAUCCUAUGACUCACACUGUCCCCUUUCCUCCUGGCCAGCUCGGCCCUCCCCUCCUGCUCCGUGGCUGAGUGACUCAUUGUGAGCAUACAGAACAGGGCUGCGGGCAGCUGAGCAAAGAAAACGUCUAGAUGACCUAUCAUCCUUUCACUCUCUCCUCUCUACCUUCUCUUCUUCUGUAUACGCUGCUAAGGCCGCUUUCUAUCACUCUAAAUGUCAAGCUUUUGCUUCUAAACCUAGGAAACUAUUUUCCACCUUCUCCUCCAUCCUUACUCCUCCCCUCCCUCCCGUCCCUCCUCCCUCUCUGCGGAUGACUUUGUCAACCACUUUGAAAAGAAGGUUGACGACAUACGCUCCUCAUUCACUCAGCCAAUUGGGUCCCACUCACACAUAACUUCCCUACGCCUUGACCUCUUUCUACCCUCUCUCUCCAGAUGAAAUCCUGCAACUAGUGGAGGUCCUGCCGCCCAACAACCUGCCCGCUCAACCCAAUCCCCUCCUCCAUUCUCUGGAGACCUUCUCCCAUUCCUCACUUCUCAUCAACUCAUCCCUGACCACUGGCUGUGUCCCCUCUGACUUCAAAAUGGCCUGAGUUGCUCCCCUCCUCAAGAAACCGACAUUCGACUCGGAUGUAAAAAACUACAGACCAGUAUCCCUUCUUCCUUUUCUUUCCAAAACACUUGAGUGUGCUGUCUAUGACCAACCCUCUCGCUAUUUCUCUCAAAAUGAUAUUCUUGACCCUAGCCAGUGAGGAUUCAAGACAGGUCAAUCAACUUAGACUGCUCUUCUCUGUGUCACAGAGGCUCUCGGCACAGCCAAAGCUGAGACUCUCUCCUCUGUUCACAUCCUCCUAGAUCUAUCCGCUUCCUUUGACACAGUGAUCCAUCAGAUUCUCCUCUCCACCCUCUCAGGGCUGGUCGUCUCAGGCUCUGCACACUCUUGGAUUGCAUCCUACCUGGCAGCUCGCUCUUACCAGGCGACGUGGAGAGGAUCUUUGUCUUCACCACGCAGGGCUUGGUUCUAGGCCAUCUCCUCUUCUCUCUAUACAUCAUGUCACUAGGCUCCGUCAGGUCCUCACAUGGUCUCUCAUAUCAUUACUAUGCGGAUGACACUCAACCCCCUUCUGACACCCAGGUGGUGACAUGCAUCUCUGCGUGCUUAGCAGAUAUCUCGGCCCACCACCUCAAGCUCAACCUCGACAAGACAGAGCUGUUCUUCCUCCCCAGGGAAGGUCUGGCCGCUCCAUGACCUCUCCAUCACAGUUGAGAACUCCACGGUGUCCCCCUCCCAAAGUGCAAUAAUCUGUACACUGAUUUAUAUAUUAAAUUUUUUACAUUUUGGCGACCCCACUGCAGUUCCCCGAAUUUGAAUACCACUGCUCUACAACAUCCGUAGAGUACGACCCUACCUCCCAGAGGAAGCGGCGCAGGUCCUAAUCCAGGCACUUGUCAUCUUCUCUGGAUAAGAGCGUCUGCUAAAUGACUAAAAUGUUAACUGUUAAAAAGUAAGACAAAUUUGCUAAAAAUCACAAAGGGAAACAGUAACACAAUAAAAAGAAUUAUGAGACUAUAUACAAGUCAAAAUACAAGGUAGUUGAGGUAAUUGAGGUAAUAUUAGGUAAUAUGUACAUGUAGGUAUGGGUGACUAGGCAAUCAGGAUAAAUAAUAAACAGAGUAGCAGCAGCGUAUGAGAAGAGUGUGAAAGUGUGUCUAUGUGUGAGUGUGUAUGUGUGUGUGGCGUCAAUAUGUGUGUGAGUGUGUGUGUAGUCGUAUGUAGUCUACAGUAUGUACAGUGGGGGAAAAAAAGUAUUUAGUCAGCCACCAAUUGUGCAAGUUCUCCCACUUAAAAAGAUGAGAGAGGCCUGUAAUUUUCAUCUUAAAUACACGUCAACUAUGACAGACAAAAUUAGAAAAAAAAAUCCAGAAAAUCACAUUGUAGGAUUUUUAAUGAAUUUAUUUGCAAAUUAUGGUGGAAAAUAAGUAUUUGGUCACCUACAAACAAGCAAGAUUUCUGGCUCUCACAGACCUGUAACUUCUUCUUUAAGAGGCUCCUCUGUCCUCCACUCGUUACCUGUAUUAAUGGCACCUGUUUGAACUUGUUAUCAGUAUAAAAGACACCUGUCCACAACCUCAAACAGUCACACUCCAAACUCCACUAUGGCCAAGACCAAAGAGCUGUCAAAGGACACCAGAAACAAAAUUGUAGACCUGCACCAGGCUGGGAAGACUGAAUCUGCAAUAGGUAAGCAGCUUGGUUUGAAGAAAUCAACUGUGGGAGCAAUUAUUAGGAAAUGGAAGACAUACAAGACCACUGAUAAUCUCCCUCGAUCUGGGGCUCCACGCAAGAUCUCACCCCGUGGGGUCAAAAUGAUCACAAGAACGGUGAGCAAAAAUCCCAGAACCACACGGGGGGACCUAGUGAAUGACCUGCAGAGAGCUGGGACCAAAGUAACAAAGCCUACCAUCAGUAACACACUACGCCGCCAGGGACUCAAAUCCUGCAGUGCCAGACGUGUCCCCCUGCUUAAGCCAGUACAUGUCCAGGCCCGUCUGAAGUUUGCUAGAGUGCAUUUGGAUGAUAUCAUAUGGUCAGAUGAAACCAAAAUAUAACUUUUUGGUAAAAACUCAACUCGUCGUGUUUGGAGGACAAAGAAUGCUGAGUUGCAUCCAAAGAACACCAUACCUACUGUGAAGCAUGGGGGUGGAAACAUCAUGCUUUGGGGCUGUUUUUCUGCAAAGGGACCAGGACGACUGAUCUGUGUAAAGGAAAGAAUGAAUGGGGCCAUGUAUCGUGAGAUUUUGAGUGAAAACCUCCUUCCAUCAGCAAGGGCAUUGAAGAUGAAACGUGGCUGGGUCUUUCAGCAUGACAAUGAUCCCAAACACACCGCCCGGGCAACGAAGGAGUGGCUUCGUAAGAAGCAUUUCAAGGUCCUGGAGUGGCCUAGCCAGUCUCCAGAUCUCAACCCCAUAGAAAAUCUUUGGAGGGAGUUGAAAGUCCGUGUUGCCCAGCGACAGCCCCAAAACAUCACUGCUCUAGAGGAGAUCUGCAUGGAGGAAUGGGCCAAAAUACCAGCAACAGUGUGUGAAAACCUUGUGAAGACUUACAGAAAACGUUUGACCUGUGUCAUUGCCAACAAAGGGUAUAUAACAAAGUAUUGAUAAACUUUUUGUUAUUGACCAAAUACUUAUUUUCCACCAUAAUUUGCAAAUAAAUUCAUUAAAAAUCCUACAAUGUGAUUUUCUGGAAAAAAAAUUCUCAUUUUGUCUGUCAUAGUUGACGUGUACCUAUGAUGAAAAUUACAGGCCUCUCUCAUCUUUUUAAGUGGGAGAACUUGCACAAUUGGUGGCUGACUAAAUACUUUUUUUCCCCACUGUAUGUGUGUGUUGGAGUGUCAGUGUAGUAUGUGUGAGUGUGUGGGUAGAGUCCAGUGAGUGUGCAUAGAGCCGGUGCAAAAUAGUAAAAUGAAGAAGCUGUCUAGGAGCAUUUUGGUCCCAAACUUGGUGCUCCAGUACCAUUUGCCGUGCAGUAGCUGAGAGAACAGUCAAUGACUUGGGUGACUGGAGUCUUUGACAAUUUUUAGGGCAUUCCUCUGACACCGACUGGUACAGAGUUCCUGAAUGGCAGGGAGCUCGGCCCUAGUGAUGUACUGGGCCGUACGCACUACCCUCUGCAGCGCCUUACGGUCGGAUGCCAAGCAGUUGCCAUACCAAGCGGGGAUGCAGCAAGACAAGAUGCUCUCAAUGGUGCAGCUGUAGAACUUUUUGAGGAUCUGAGGACCCAUGCGAAAUCUUUUCAGCCUCCUGAGGGGGAAGAGGCAUUGUUGGGCCCUCUUCACGACUGUGUUGGUGUGUUUGGACCAUGAUAUAUCCUUAGUGAUGUGGACACCGAGGAACUUGAAGCUCUCAACCUGCUCCACUACAGCGCUGUCGGUGUGAAUGAGGCCGUGCUCGGCCUUCCGUUUCUUGUAGUCCACGAUCAGCUCCUUUGUCUUGCUGAUGUUGAGCGAGAGGUUAUUGUCCUGGCAUCCUCCUCCCUAUAGGCUGUCUCGUCGUCGGUAAUCAGGCCUACCACCGUCGUGUUGUCGGCAAACUUUAUGAUGGUGUUGGAGUCAUGCGCGGCCACACAGUCGUGGGUGAACAGGGAGUACAGAAGGGGACUAAGCACGCACCCCUAAAGGGUCCCCGUGUCAAGGGUCAGCGUGCUGGAUGUGUUGUUGCCUACCCUCAUCACCUGGGGGCGGCCUGUCAGGAAGUCCAGGAUCCAGUUGCAGAGGGAGAUGUUCAGUCCCAGGGUCCUGAGCUUAGUGAUGAUCUUGGAGGGCACUAUGGUGUUGAACGCUGAGCUUUAGUCAAUGAACAGCAUUCUCACGUAGGUGUUCCUUUUGUCAAGGUGGGAAAGGGCAGUGUGGAGUGCAGUAGAGAUUGCGUCUUCUGUAGAUCUGUUUUGGCAGUGGGCAAAUUGGAGUGGGUCCAGGGUGUCUGGGAUGAUGGUGUUGAUGUGAGGCUUGACCCGCCUUUCAAAGCAUUUCAUGGCUAUAGAUGUGAGCAAUAGUCAUUUAGACAGGUUACCUUGGUGUUCUUGUGCACAGGGACUAUUGUGGUCUGCUUGAAACAUGUAGGUAUUACAGACUGGGUCAAGGAGAGCAAAGACCCUUGCCAGCUGGUCAGCGUUCUGAGUAAGCGUCCUGGUAAUCCUUCUGGCCCUGCGGCCUUGUGAAUGUUAAUCUGUUUAAAGGUCUUACAGCGGCUUCGGAGAGCAUGAUCACACAGUCUUCCAGAACAGCUGGUGCUCUCACGCAUGGUUCAGUGUUACUAGCCUCGAAGUGAGCAUAGAAGGCAUUUAGCUCGUCUGGUAGGCUUGCGUAACUGGGCAGCUCGCGGCUGGGUUUCACUUUGUAAUUUGUGAUCGUUUGUAAGCCCUGCCACAUCCGACGAGUGUCAGAGCCGGUGUAGUAGGAUUUGAUCUUAGUCCUGUAUUGACGCUUUGGCUGUUUGAUGGUUCGUCAGAGGGCGUAGUGGGAUCUCUUGUAAGCGUCCAGAUAAGUGUCCCGCUCCUUGAAAGCGGCAGCUCUAGCCUUUAGCUCAUUGUGGAUGUUGCCUGUAAUCCAUGGCUUCUGGUUGGGAUAUGUACGUACGGUCACUGUGGGGACGACGUCAUCGAUGCACUUAUUAAUGAAGCCGGUGACUGAUGUGGUAAACUCCUCAAUGCCAUCUGAUGAAUCCCGGAACAUACUCCAGUCUGUUUUAGCUAGUCCUUUAGCUUAGUCCUGUAUCUUAGCAUCCGCUUCAUCCCUCCAUCCCUCACUCACUAUCUCCUACCCUCUUUUCUCUGUCUGUCUCUCUUAGACCUCAGUCAUUUAUUGAAAAUAAAUCUGCAAUUUUGCACCCUUGGUUAUUUGAAUGUAAAUAUUAUCAGCCUGCCUCAUCUCACUCCUUCCUUCCUUCUCUCCCUGUCUCUUGCUCUGUCUCUUUCCUCAGCUGCAGUCUCUGCUACGGGUGAAUGUGUCCCAGGUACAGGUGGAUGAGUGUGUGUACACAGACUGCAGGGCGGGUGGAGGUUGCUCCACACACCUCAGCGUCAGUGACACGCCCACCCUAGUGGAUGCUGGCAACAUGGCCCUGGUGUCUGUGACAGUGACUUCCUCAGCCGUGUGUGGCUGCUCCGCCAGGGAUCGUGUCCACCAGGCCUGUUCCUCCUACCCCACAAACCCUUGCUUCAAUGGAGGCACCUGCAUGGACACCCUCAGUGGGUACAGGUGGGCAGAGAGCAGGGACCACAGCAACACACCUCACCUGAGGUGUGAACUGGGUUGUGUUUGUUAAGGCACAUCAUAGCAGAAAACAACAUAUAGGGUAAUAGUGUAGAUAAUUCCUCCCUUUUUUUACUCAAUUUCUGACAUUUUUCUUCCAAUUUAACUCUACUGAUCACGAUUGUAUCCUGUCUUUAUUGUAUUUAAUUUAUUACACAAGGAGACAAUUGAGAGAUAAUUAAGAGAAGGUGAUAGAAAUAAUCAGGAGAUCUAGAUAUAGAUGGUGAUGCGGAGAAAAUUCUAUCAUAAUCAGAAAUUACACUCAUCUGAAUAAAUUAGAGCUACCUGGGAAAAUAUUAUUUCAGACUAGAAUGACAAUAAAUGAAGGGUUAAAAAAAUAGAUAGUUCAAUGAUAUUUACCUCCUAAUUAUAUGCUAUAGACUUGAACGCUAAGCAUAUACAGUAUUCAGAAAUCAAUAAAAACCUAGUACAAUUGCCCCAUGUGGGCGUAUCACAGAGGAAACAGCAAGGAGCUUAUUUGAUGAUGAGGAUUGAUGGUAGGAUUUAAGAAAUGUAGGCCAGUGAGAUGACAACAAUAACUACCCACCCCUCUCUUGUAAGUGCUGACAACUUUUCACAAACCCACUUAAUACCAUUUACAUGAACAUGUAAAGUUAAGUUAGCCAGACAGAUGCGCACACAGAAGAACACGUCCACCUUAAAACCUUAGAACAUGAGGGUUACACUCAUGGGGUGUGUCCCAAAUGGCAACCUUUUCCCUAUAUAGUGCACUACUUUUGACCAGAGCCCUAUGGGCCCUAUUCAAAAUUAGUGCUCUACAUAAGGCAUAGGGUGCCAUUUGGGGCACAGCCAUGCAUUCUGUGUUUUUUAUCUGCCACAUCAGCUGCAGUCUGCAGUCUUGUGAGAGAAAGUCCUAGCCCUUGUCAGAAUAUAGAUGCUGCUAUAUAACCCAAUGUGUAUUCAGUAUGUGAGUAAAAAAUCCAAUUUCGGGCCCAUCCCAUGUAGAGAGAGCUUAAUAGCCAGUCUGAGACAUUGCCAUAUCAGAUAGUGUCAGUCAGAAGGAAGAAACAGAGGAAGAAACAUGCCCUGUGCUCUGGAGUCUGGAUUGGAUUGGCAUUGCUCUCUGGAGUUACAUGGAGAAUGCCUGUGUGUGUUUGUCUGUAGUGUGUUCUUUCGUCCAUGUGUGUGUUUGCUUAAGCACAAACAUGCGUGCACUCUUCCGUAUCUGUCUGUGUGUGUACACACACUCUUUCCUAGAACCAUCCCCCUGUCUCUCUCCGAAUGGAUCAGUAUUCCUUACGUGUUGACCCUCUGCAGAAUAAACAGAGUUGGAGACGGAGAGAAAAGAGGAAACAUACCCUAACAGUGCACAGCAGAGCCAUAUGCUCAGAGAUGCCGCAUGGAAAUAGAUGGCUGUGACAUUAUCUACCAAGCCCAGUUCGUCUCAUAUCACGUUUCAGCAGGGGUGUGAGAAUAUUCUGCUUCUCCCCUGUUUGGGAUCGAAAGUGUUGUUUUUCUCACUGCGUGUAUUGUGUUCUAUAUCAAGUAAUUUCUUUGAUUACAGUUUACGGCUCAUAGACAUGCAGAUGCACUAGUGGAGGCAUGCCAUGAGGAAGUGGAGGCAUGCCAUGAAGAAGUGGAGGCAUGCCAUGAAGAAGUGGAGGCAUGCCAUGAAGAAGUGGAGGCAUGCCAUGAAGAAGUGGAGGCAUGCCAUGAAGAAGUGGAGGCAUGCCAUGAAGAAGUGGAGGCAUGCCAUGAAGAAGUGGAGGCAUGCCAUGAAGAAGUGGAGGCAUGCCAUAAAGAAGUGGAGGCAUGCCAUGAAGAAGUGGUCCUCUGAAGUGGUCCUCUGUAGCUCAAUUGGUAGAGCAUGGCGCUUGUAAUGCCAGGGUAGUGGGUUCGAUCCCCGGGACCACCCAUACGUAAAAAUGUAUGCACACAUGACUGUAAGUCGCUUUGGAUAAAAGCGUCUGCUAAAUGGCAUAUUAUUAUUAUUAUUAAGUGGAGGCAUGCCAUGAAGAAGUGGAGGCAUGCCAUGAAGAGGUGGAGGCAUGCCAUGAAAAAGUGGAGGUAUUCCAUCAAGAAGUGGAGGCAUGCCAUGAAGAGGUGGAGGCAUGCCAUGAAAAAGUGGAGGUAUUCCAUCAAGAAGUGGAGGCAUGCCAUGAAGAGGUGGAGGCAUUCCAUGAAAAUGCGCUUAAUUUUGUGCUUCAUUCAGUGUUAGCAAUGGUCCAUAGAAGCACUCUAAUCUGUAAUCAAGGCAAAGGAAGGGAAAGGAGAGGUAAUCACAAAGAAAUCAGUCAGAGUGCUUCUGCCUGCAUAACACACAUGCACACACGCAUGCACACACACACACACACACACACACACACACACACACACACACACUGUAUUUAAAGGGGUACAAAUGCUUGUCACUGUAGUGGUACCCUGCAAGUUAUGUCCAUUGUACCAUUAGUUAAAGGUACAUAAUUGUACCCUUGCAAUUCGUACCUUAAUAGAGCAAAAGGGGCUUUAAUCAAUUAACAAAACCAUAGACCACUUUAACUGGUACAACACUUCCACUCACGGGUGGCCCCCAAAAAACUAACUGAAUGCCACGCCCACACUAAGCCACAUCUCCAAUGAUUGGGUACAAAAAUGUACCAUUAUACUAGAUGUCCCCUAAAAGGUACCAAACAGUAUCAUGUGAGAUCUAAUGUGUACUUCUGAAGGUACAUUAUGUAUAUUUAGAACUUUGUGUACCCCAGGGAAAAAUACUGUGCCCUAACCGUACCUUUUUCUUCUCAGAGUGUACACUACACCAUGCCAGGGAAUCUGCACAGCAGAGUAAUGGGACUGAAACAAGGAGAUAUUGAGAAUCAGUGAUACUGUAGGGUGCCUAGAAAAGUAUGAAUCAUGUUCUUAAUCAUGCUCGAACAAAGGGGUCUGAUAUGCUGCUGAGCAGUUGUAAGUUAGAGGAGUUCUACAGCCCCUAAAUCUGUGUUUCGGCUCACAGGCUAAACAAUGUUAUAAGGAUAAUAAAAUGAAUAGAAAUAUUGAGGGACUUGUGUUCCUAUGUAAUGUUUUCAAUGCAGCAUUUAAUAUGUACUUGAUGUGUUUCAUGCCUAAUGCACACAUAGCUACUGUAUGUAGAUGAAAGCCCUGCCUGUCAUUUAUAAAGAUAGUCAUGUUGCACGGCACUUUACACACACACAGAGAUAACAAUACAGCCAGCCCCAUUAUAAUGUUUCAAUAUAGAGAAAUCACUGUUAAUGUUCUCUGGGGUGCUUUUAUUUCAUGCCACCACAGAUGCCAGUGCCCACCGCAGUACAAGGGUCCUGAGUGCCAGCAGACAAGGCGACGUUUCCUUGGCAAUGGCUAUGCCUGGUUUCCUCCCAUAAGGCUGUGCUUUGAUAGCCAUCUCUCCCUGGAGUUCAUCACAGGGGCUGAGGACGGGCUGCUGCUCUACAGCGGGCCCCUGGCCACCCUGCUGCCCGGAGACCCAGAGGACUACAUGGCCAUAGGUAGGAUAAUGUGUUACCCACUCAGGAUUUGAACCCAGGUCAUGGAGAUCACAUAAGCCCUCUGAGCUAAAGCCUAGGCAUCAACAGGGUGCUAACUCGAAUAUUUAGGUAUCAGGCAAGGUUACUCAUCACUCUAGUGUGGUAUACUGCAUCUACCUUCCAGUCCAACCGAGGUGCAUGAUUUGAAUAACAAACGGGAUGUGUGGGAGAUAUCCAGCGUUAUUUUGAUUAAUUAGGUUGCUUAGUCAUACAGCCCAGACAGAGACAAAACACUGAAACUAAAGCACUGUAGCCUUGUUUAUGGGUUCACUUUCUCAUCAAUGAAAAGUAGACCAAGAUAAUGGUCCGUACCUUUGGAAUGAACUGUUAGUUACAUAUGUACAGUAAAUAUACAGUUUUAUGUAAAGUAUAUAUAUUUGUAUGCAUUGACUAUUUGACACUGAACAACAUCCCUCCAAGAGCAUCAGAAGUGCAUCCUACACCACAGUUGAACUUCGACCCUUUAAGUCUGUAGGUGGAAUGGCAUGGUGAUGUUGAUGCUGAUGACCUCUUCUCCUCAGAGCUGAUUGGUGGAACACCUAGCCUGAAAAUCAACCAUGGGUCUGGAACCCUGGUGCUGCAGUUGCCGGGAAAUGUGGUUGUUUCUGACAGACGCUGGCACCGUCUGGAUAUUAGGAGCAACAGUAAAGUAAGCGGACCAUUAAAUGUCUGUAUUCACAUCCUGAAAACACACAUUAUUCCAUGUUCUUACCUGUAUGUGUGUGUUUGUGUGUGUGCAGAGAUUGUUACCUUACACUUCUUCUCCUGGGUUUUCAGGAAGUGCGUUUCACCCUGGACCGCUGCUCCAGUGCCAUUGUCAUGGAGACGGAGGGCGUGGACAGCUGGGCCAUGACCGAGGACCGCUCUUCUUGUGAGGUCAGAGGAGUCACGCCCAAUAGGGACAGGUAAUGUCCUACUCAGAAGCCCGCCCCUCUGAUAUCACACCAAUCACACCUGCCAGCCGGCAUUGCCGAUGGCCAAAAUAGUUCCUCUGAAAGACAUUAAAAGAUCUACGAACAUCUAUGUGUCAUCCAGUGUUGGUUACAUUUAAGAUAAGGUACUAUACAGAUUAGUUGACGUGAGUGAGUGGUGUGAUUCUGGACUGUAAGGAUGGAUGGAUGGAUGAAACAAACAACUGGACAGACGGAUUCAUGGUUUGAAUGGACAGGCAUUGACAAUGAUGUGUCUCCUCUAUUCCACAGGUACCUGAAUGGGAGUCAGGUGUUGCAGCUGGGUGGGGUCAACGAAAACAUGUCCUAUGAGUAUCCCCAGCUACAGCACAAGCACUUCACUGGAUGUCUGCGCAACCUGGUUGUGGACAGUAUGGUAAGACACAAAAGUCUACAGCUCUGCCCUAACACCCCAACAACAAGAAAAUGUACCUCUCUAACUCAAUCUCGGCUCUAGACAUUGCAUUUUAUUUCUUACAUUUUCUCACUCCUUGACCUGUUUAUUUGACUCGCUAGAAGGUUUCAUUAAGACAGGAGUUCAAGAGGAAUGUCAAUUUGAGCUCAAGACUAAGCUGGGAGUAUCUUCUAAAUGCUGAUGUCUUUCAGUCAUCAUAUUCCCCCAAGUUCUUUAUCUCCUUUAUGACCUAUGACCUUCGCUCUGCUUUAUUUUAUGCUUCAGAAAGGGAUGUAUUGUGCAUUACUGAGGAUAGACUGAAAACCGCAUGCCAUCCCUCUCUCUCUCCCUUAUUAUUUUCUCUCUCUUGCCCUACUUUCUUGUCUUUCUUUCUCUUUCUUCCUCUCUCCUCUCUCCCCUCACAUCUCUCUUUCUCCCUCUCUCUCUCCCACUCACCCUCCUUCUCACUCCCUCAUUCCUUCACACCCUCCCUCUCUUCCCUCUCUGCUCCAGCUCUAUGACCUUGGUUCUCCCUCAGAGUCCUCCAGCAGUGCCCCAGGCUGCUCUCUGACUGAUGGGAACUGUGUAAACAUGGGUGUACCAGCCUGUGGCGCCAGGGGGCGCUGUAAUGGGCAGUGGGACUCCAUCAGCUGCCAGUGUGCGCCUGGAUACACAGGGAUCCACUGUAAAGACAGUACGUCCUUAGAGAAUAUACAGUUGGGUUAUAACAGGUGUUGUCUGUGGGUAUCAAAAGGUGUAGGGUGGACUGUAUUACAUAGUAGAAUCCUAAAAUGGGAUGUAUGUUUUUUUUUCCCAACAAGAUCAAAAUGCCAUGGCUUUGAAAUAUAGGUUUAACACUCUUGUUAAACCUAUAAUAAGAUUCAAGAGUCAAGAUUUUUUUAUUGAUCUUGCGGAAUGGAAAUUUGUCUUAAGGUUUACAUGCAUGGCUCACAAACAAGAUAACUGUGUUUGGCUUCUGUCACAUACAGUUGAAGUUGGAAGUUUACAUACACCUUAGCCAAAUACAUUUAAACUCAGUUUUUCACAAUUCCUGACAUUUAAUCCUAGUAAAACUUCCCUGUCUUAGGUCAGUUAGGAUCACCACUUUAUUUUAAGAAUGUGAAAUGUCAGAAUAAUAGUAGAGAGAAUGAUUUAUUUCAGCUUUUAUUUCUUUUAUCACAUUCCCAGUGGGUCAGAAGUUUACAUACUCUCAAUUAGUAUUUGGUAGCAUUGCCUUUAAAUUGUUUAACUUUGGUCAAACGUUUCGGGUAGCCUUCCACAAGCUUCCCACAAUAAGUUGGGUGAAUUUUGGCCCAUUCCUCCUGACAGAGCUGGUGUAACUGAGUCAGGUUUGUAGGCCUCCUUGCUCGCACAAGCUUUUUCAGUUCUGCCCACAAAUAUUCUAUAGGAUUGAGGUCAGGGCUUUGUGAUGGCCUCUCCAAUACCUUGACUUUAUUGUCCUUAAGCCAUUUUGCCACAACUUUGGAUGUAUGCUUGGGGUCAUUGUCCAUUUGGAAGACCCAUUUGCAACCAAGCUUUAACUUCCUGACUGAUGUCUUGAGAUGUUGCUUCAAUAUAUCCACAUUAUUUUCCUUCCUCAUGAUGCGAUCUAUUGUGUGAAGUGCACCAGUCCCUCCUGCAGCAAAGCACCCCCACAGCAUGAUGCUUCCACCCCCGUGCUUCACGGUUGGGAUGGUGUUCUUCGGCUUGCAAGCGUUCCCCUUUUUCCUCCAAACAUAACGAUGGUCAUUAUGGCCAAACAGUUCUAUUUUUGUUUCAUCAGACCAAAGGAUCCCCAUGUGCAGUUGCAAACCGUAGUCUGGCUUUUUUAUGGCAAUUUUGGAGCAGUGGCUUCUUCCUUGCUGAGCGGCCUUUCAGGUUAUGUCAAUAUUGGACUUGUUUUACUGUGGAUAUAAAUACCUUUGUACCUGUUUCCUCCAGCAUCUUCACAAUGUCCUUUGCUGUUGUUCUGGGAUUGAUUUGCACUUUUUGCACCAAAGUACGUUCGUCUCUAGGAGACAGAACACGUCUCCUUCCUGAGCGGUAUGGCGGCUGCGUGGUCCCAUGGUGUUUAUACUUGAGUACUAUUGUUUGUACAGAUGAAUGUGGUACCUUCAGGCGUUUGGAAAUUGCUCCCAAGGAUGAACCAGACUUGUUGAGGUCUACAAUUUUAUUUCUGAGGUCUUGGCUAAUUUCUUUUGAUUUUCCCAUGAUGUCAAGCAAAGAGGCACUGAGUUUGAAGGUAGGCCUUGAAAUACAUCCACAGGUACACCUCCAAUUGACUCAAAUUAUGUCAAUUAGCCUAUCAGAAGCUUCUAAAGCCAUGACAUCAUUUUCUGGAAUUUUUCAAGCUGUUUAAAGCACAGUCAACUUGGUGUAUGUAAACUUAUGACCCACUGGAAUUGUGAUAUAGUGAAUUAUAAGUGAAAUAAUCUGUCUGUAAACAAUUGUUGUUAAAAUUAUUGUGUCAUGCACAAAGUAGAUGUCAUAACCGACUUGCCAAAACUAUAGUUUGUUAACAAGAAAUUUGUGGAGUGGUUGAAAAACGAGUUUUAAUAAGUCCAACCUAAGUGUAUGUAAACUUCCGACUUCAACUGUAUGUGAAUUGUCUUGACUUGGCUACUGAGUGCAGACAGUAGUAGGUACAGUAUAUAUAAUACAUAAUUAAUAAUAUACUGUAGAAGCCCUCAUGGCAGCUCUAUUCAGGUCUAUGUUUUUCUCUCUCUUCUUCAACUGACAGAAGUCCCAGAGUUCUCCUUUGAUGGGAGGAGCCAUGUCCAGUACCAGGUGGGAUGGUCUCUCCCGGCACGUCACACCAGUGUGCAGCUCCAGGUGCGAACCCAUAUCCCGAGCGGUGUCCUCCUCAGCCUCCUCUCCCUGGAGCAGAAUGAAUACUUACGUCUGGAGGUGAGUCAUCGACACUGCCUGCAGAGAGGCACUUUAAUUGGCUGCUGCUGUAGCCUGCUCCUCAACGUUGUUAUUAUGUUGCCUGAAUGACUGUCAUGAUGGCUCGACAUUUUUGACAGAGAUGGAGCGAGUAAUGGCGGGCUUGGAAGACAGGAAGUGGGUACUGAGUGGGCUUCUGAGUGACUGAGUUCUGAUGCCUAGUCACUUUACCCUGCCUUCAUGUAUACUGAACAAAAAUAUACAGUGAGGGAAAAAAGUAUUUGAUCCACUGCUGAUUUUGUAUGUUUGCCCACUGACAAAGAAAUGAUCAGUCUAUAAUUUUAAUGGUAAGUUUAUUUGAACAGUGAGAGAUAGAAUAACAACAAAAAAAUCCAGAAAAAACGCAUGUCAAAAAUGUUAUAAAUUGAUUUGCAUUUUAAUGAGCGAAAUAAGUAUUUGACCCCCUCUCAAUUAUAAAUAUUUCUGGCUCCCAGGUGUCUUUUAUACAGGUAACGAGCUGAGAUUAGGAGCACACUCUUAAAGGGAGUGCUCCUAAUCUCAGCUUGUUACCUGUAUAAAAGACACCUGUCCACAGAAGCUAUCAAUCAAUCAGAUUCCAAACUCUCCACCAUGGCCAAGACCAAAGAGCUCUCCAAGGAUGUCAGGGACAAGAUUGUAGACCUACACAAGGCUGGAAUGGGCUACAAGAUCAUUGCCAAGCAGCUUGGUGAGAAGGUGACAACAGUUGGUGUGAUUAUUCGCAAAUGGAAGAAACACAAAAGAACUGUCAAUCUCCCUCGGCCUAGGGCUCCAUGCAAGAUCUCACCUCGUGGAGUUGCAAUGAUCAUGAGAACGGUGAGGAAUCAGCCCAGAACUACACGGGAGGAUCUUGUCAAUGAUCUCAAGGCAGCUGGGACCAUAGUCACCAAGAAAACAAUUGGUAACACACUACGCCGUGAAGGACUGAAAUCCUGCAGCGCCCGCAAGGUCCCCCUGCUCAAGAAAGCACAUAUACAGGCCCGUCUGAAGUUUGCCAAUGAACAUCUGAAUGAUUCAGAGGAGAACUGGGUGAAAGUGUUGUGGUCAGAUGAGACCAAAUUCGAGCUCUUUGGCAUCAACUCAACUCGCCGUUUUUGGAGGAGGAGGAAUGCUGCCUUUGACCCCAAGAACACCAUCCCCACCGUCAAACAUGGAGGUGGAAACAUUAUGCUUUGGGGGUGUUUUUCUGCUAAGGGGACAGGACAACUUCACCGCAUCAAAGGGACGAUGGACGGGGCCAUGUACUGUCAAAUCUUGGUUGAGAACCUCCUUCCCUCAGCCAGGGCAUUGAAAAUGGGUUGUGGAUGGGUAUUCCAGCAUGACAAUGACCCAAAACACACGGCCAAGGCAACAAAGGAGUGGCUCAAGAAGAGGCACAUUAAGGUCCUGGAGUGGCCUAGCCAGUCUCCAGACCUUAAUCCCGUAGAAAAUCUGUGGAGGGAGCUGAAGUUUCGAGUUGCCAAACGUCAGCCUCGAAACCUUAAUGACUUGGAGAAGAUCUGCAAAGAGGAGUGGGACAAAAUCCCUCCUGAGAUGUGUGCAAACCUGGUGGCCAACUACAAGAAACGUCUGACCUCUGUGAUUGCCAACAAUGGUUUUGCCACCAAGUACUAAGUCAUGUUUUGCAGAGGGGUCAAAUACUUAUUUCCCUCAUUAAAAUGCAAAUCAAUUUAUAACAUUUUUUACAUGAGUUUUUCUGGAUUUUUUUUGUUGUUAUUCUGUCUCUCACUGUAAACCUACCAUUAAAAUUAUAUACUGAUCAUGUCUUUGUCACUGGGCAAAUGUACAAAAUCAGCAGGGGAUCAAAUACUUUUUUCUCUCACUGUAUUGCCUUUGGGUUGUUUUGAGAUGCGCCUAUGGAACAUCGCAGCACAGUAUUCAGGAUUAUUUUAUUGUCUGUCUAGUUAUUAGCAUAUCCCUCCUUCAGUAUUAUGGUCUAGGGAAGUGGGUAGCUGUUAUUAGUUGGAUGUAAGAGAUCUCUUAAGCGGAAAGGUCCAAUUCUGUCUUUUCUCCUUCAAGCUCUUAUAGGGGACUUUUUCAGUGUUUGCUCGAAUUGUGUACCCAAUUUGAACUGGAAAACAUGAAGUGGCAUAUACAAUCAACCUAGCUUACCUAGAGUAUCUGCUACUUCACAAGGCUCUUCUCUGUCUGACUUAACCAGGAAAAUAUAACACAAUUUCUGAGUAUGAAUACCAUUUAUGUGGAGAUAGGAUGUUAGGGUUGAAGGAGCCUUUGGUCUCUUUGAGUGACAGUGUGUCCACAGCACCAGGCAGAACACUGCUCGGCUAGCGUCUGUCACUCAAGAACACCUACCCACACAGGUCAGCUCUUUCCACUCUCAUCCUACUGUAGCUUCCUCAUGACAAACCAGUUUGACAGUUUUGUGGUGUCAGAGAGAGCACCAACAUGCAGUCUCACUGCUAUAGCUCCCUUCUGAGUGUCUGAGUCAGUGUAGUAGCAACCCCACUCUAGCCUUUUCUCCCCACCAGCCCCAUACAUACCAGUAAAAAGAAACUGAGAAAAGGAUUGGGGCUCUGUCCGAUCUCAGCAGCAACUGUAAGUAGGUUAUAUAAGGUUCCUCUGUGAACAAUCUUGUUUGUUGAGUCGGCGAGCUGUAUAAAACGCUAGUUUUUUGUCCGAAAGCAAGCUACUCUGUCUGAAGCUGUCUCAGAGCUCUCUGAGAGACACUUGAGUGUGGAUCCAGACAACAAGUCUCUCAGAACCUCAGCCUCUCUUGUUUGCUCUGAUGGGUAGAAAGGGAUGGAGAGGGAGGAGGGUGGAGGGAGGAGGGAACGCAUGCUGAAUGAAUAAAUAGACAUUCACAAGGUUACUGGGGGCUGCUGCAUAAAAGCGUGAGAGUUAGGCCUCUGAAACCUUUUCCACCUCCUGUUGAUGUCUAUUCGAUGACGAAAACAUGUAAUCUUUAUCUUCACAUAAUGGAACACCAAAGGGUUGCAUUAUUCUCUUGAGUGUUAGCGGAAAGCAGGUUCCAAGAUGGCAUAGCAGUGCGGUCGUGUUUUCUGUAGUGUCCUCAUGUAAAUAGCCAGUUUUUUUGUCUUUUUCGUAUAUAUUUCUCAAUCUCACUUUCCAUCCUUUAACUAAAAUACUUUCCUGCAACCCACUUCACCCAAUGUGAAACGGAUUCUAUUAUUCUUUCUUUAUUAUUUCUUCAUAAAUUUUUUAUCCAGAACCUCUGGCUGAAACUAGCCAAUUAGCCAGCUAACUAGCUACUUGCUAUUAACCACUGUUAGCGGUCUUCACCAUUGUCCGUGGCCGUGGCCUGCACUACCUACCAGCCAGCUCUAGCCUGGACAAUUAUCGGCCAGUCUGCACAUCGCGCUAUCGAGCCAGAGCAUAUCGGAUUUUCUGCCGGAAUCACUGAAUCACUGGACCUUGACACCGGAUCAUCGCAACUAGCUAGCUGCAACCGAAUGGCUGUUGUCGUUGUUGGCUAAUCACCACUAAUCACCACUGUCCUGAAGCUAACCCCAGUUAGCCUUGAGCUAGCCUCAAGCCAUGCCCAUCUCCCGGCUAUCUACCUCUCUGUCAACCGGACGGGACCUCCUAGUGUUGACACGGAGCCCCGCCGAUGCAUCACAACUGGUCUGCCGACGUAAUCGUCUGAUGUGGUUUCAACAGGCUUGCCGUUGCGACGACCACGAAGAUCCAUCUGCUAGCCCCGGCCCGCUAGCACACGCAAUCAACAGCCAUGCCUCCAGCUCGCCUGUAGCGUAGCAGUCACUGAACUGCUCCCGGACUUACUUAUUGCUGUUCACUGGACCUUGUGAUCACUCAGCUACACAGCUGAUGCCUGCUGGACUGUUCCUUUAUAUGGUACCCCAUCCUGUUGAUCUGUUUAGCCUCAGCUCAAACUUUCGUCGCCAUUACCAGCUGUUGUCUUAGCUCUCUCGAAUAACACCUGUGACUGCUUUAUGCCUAUCUCCCAUGUCAAUAUGCCUUGCCUAUUGCUGUUUCGGUUAGUUCUAACUGUACUUUUUCAAUGUAGAGCCCCCAGUCCUGCUCAACCUGUCUCAGAAAUAUAUUUUGUCCCACCCCCCACACACACGGAGACCGGCUCAAUCGGUGCCUCCAGUGAUGCUAUCUCUUUCAUCUUAUUAUAAUAAUAAUAAUGAUUAUUAUCUUUACCCAACGCUGUACAUAAUGCCCUGAAUCUAUUCUACAACGCCCGGAAAUCAGCCCCUUUUUUUCUCUGUACCCAACGCACUAUAAGACCAGUUCUUAAAGCCUUUUGCCGUAUCCUUAUUCCAGUCCUCCUCUGUUCCUCUGGUGAUGUAGAGGUUAACCCAGGCCCUGUAGCCCCCAGUAUCACUCCUGCUCCCCAGGCACUAUCAUUUGUUGACUUCUGUAAUCGCAAAAGCCUUGGUUUCUAGCAUGUUAACAUCAGAAGCCUCCUCCCUUAGUUUGAGUUACUCACUGCGUUAGCACACUCAGCCAACCCUGAUGUUCUAGCAGUGUCUGAAUCCUGGCUUAGGAAGGCCACCAAAGAUUCUGAAAUUUCCAUUCCCAUCUACAACAUUUUCCGUCUAGAUAGAACUGCCAAAGGGGGCGGAGUUGCAAUCUACUGUAGAGAGAGCCUGCAGAGCUCUAUCAUACUAUCCAGGUCUGUGCCCAAACAGUUUGAGCUUCUACUUCUAAAAAUCCACCUUUCCAGAAAUAAGUCUCUCACUGUUGCCGCUUGCUACACACCCCCCUCAGUCCCCAGCUGUGCCCUGAACACCAUAUGUGAAUUGAUUGCCCCCCAUCUAUCCUCAGAGUUCGUAUUGCUUGGUGACCUAAACUGGGAUAUGCUUAACACCCCGGCCGUCCUACAAUCUAAACUAGAUGCCCUCAAUCUCACACAAAUUGUCAAGGAACCUACCAGGUACAACCCUAAAUCCGUUAACAUGGGCACCCUCAUAGAUAUGACUCCCGAGUGGCGCAGUGGUCUAAGGCUGUGCCACUAGAGAUCCUGGUUCGAGUCCAGGCUCUGUCGCAGCCGGCCGCGACCGGGAGACCCAUGGGCGGCGCACAAUUGGUCCAGCAUCGUCCAAGGUAGGGGGCGGUUUGGCCGGCAGGGAUGUGGGUUCGUUUCCUACGGGGGUUCAGCACGGGAAAAAAAAAUGUAUGCAUUCACUAACUGUAAGUUGCUCUGGAUAAGAGCGUCUGCUAAAUGACUAAAAUAAAAUAUAAUCCUGACUCAUUUACCCUCUAAAUACACCUCCGCUGUCUUCAACCAGGAUCUCAGUGAUCACUGCCUCAUUGCCUGCGUCCGUAAUGGGUCCGCGGUCAAACGACCACCCCUCAUCACUGUCAAAUGCUCCCUAAAACACUUCAGCGAGCAGUCCUUUCUAAUUGACCUGGCCCGGGUAUCCUGGAUGGAUAUUGACCUCAUUCCAUCAGUAGAGGAUGCCUGGUUGUUCUUUAAAAGUGCUUUCCUAUCCAUCUUAAAUAAGCAUGCCCCAUUCAAAAAAUUCAGAACUAAGAACAGACAUAGCCCCUGGUUCACCCCAGACUUGACUGCCCUUGACCAGCACAAAAACAUCCUGUGGCGUACGGCAUUAGCAUCGAACAGCCCCCGCGAUAUGCAACUUUUCAGGUCAAUCAGUUAGGAAAGCAAAGGAUAACUUUUUCAAACAGAAAUGUGCAUCCUGUAGCUCUAACUCCAAAAGGUUUUGGGACACUGUAAAGUCCAUGGAGAAUAAGAGCACCUCCUCCCAGCUGCCCACUGCACUGAGGCUAGGAAACACUGUCACUACCGAUAAAUCUACGAUAAUCGAAAAUUUCAACAAGCAUUUUGCUACGACUGGCCAUGCUUUCCACCUGGCUACCCCUACCCCGGCCACCAGCUCUACACCCUCCGCUGCAACUUGUCCAUGCCCCCCCCACUUCUCCUUCACCCAAAUUUAGAUAGCUGAUGUUCUGAAAGAGCUACAAAAUCUGGACCCCUACAAAUCAGCUGGGCUAGACAAUCUGGACCCUUUCUUUCUAAAAUAAGCCCCCGAAAUUGUCACAACCCCUAUCACCAGCCUGUUCAACCUCUCUUUCGUAUCGUCUGAGAUCCCCAGAGAUUGGAAAGCUUCCGCGGUCAUCCCCCUCUUCAAAGGGGGUGACACUCUAGAUCCAAACUGUUACAGACCUAUAUCCAUCCUGCCUGCCUUUCGAAAGUAUUUGAAAGCCAAGUUAACAAACAGAUCACUGACCAUUUAGAAUCCCACCGUACCUUCUUCGCUAUGCAAUCUGGUUUCCGAGCUGGUCAUGGGUGUACCUCAGCCACACUCAAGGUCCUAAACAAAAUAAUAACCGUGAUCGAUAAAAGACAGUACUGUGCAGCCGUAUUCAUUGACCUGGCCAAGGCUUUUGACUCUGUCAAUCACCACAUUCUUAUUGGCAGACUAAAUAGCCUUGGUUUCUCAAAUGACUGCCUCGCCUGGUUCACCAACUACUUCUCAGAUAGAGUUCAAUGUGUCAAAUCGGAGGGCCUGUUGUCUGGACCUCUGGCAGUCUCUAUGAGGGUGCCACAGGGUUCAAUUCUCGGGCCAACUCUAUUCUCUGUGUAUAUCAAUGAUGUCGCUCUUGCUGCUGGUGACUCUCAGAUCCACCUCUACGCAGACGACACCAUUUUGUAUACAUCUGGCCCUUCAUUGGACACUGUGUUAACAAACCUCCAAACAAGCUUCAAUGCCAUACAACACUCCUUCUGUGGCCUCCAACUGCUCUUAAACGCUAGUAAAACUAAAUGCAUGCUCUUCAAUCGAACGCUGCUUGCACCCACCUGCCCGACUAGAAUCACUACUCUCGACGGGUCUGACUUAGAAUAUGUGGACAACUACAAAUACCUCAGUGUCUGGUUAGACUGUAAACUCUCCUUCCAGACUCACAUUAAGCAUCUCCAAUUCAAAGAUCAAUCUAGAAUCGGCUUCCUAUUUCGCAACAAAGCCUCCUUCACUCAUGCUGCUAAACAUGCCCUCGUAAAACUGACUAUCCUACCGAUCCUUGACUUCGGCGAUGUCAUUUACAAAAUAGCCUCCAACACUCUACUCAGCAAAUUGGAUGUAGUCUAUCACAGUGCCAUCCGUUUUGUCACCAAAGCCCCAUAUACUACCCACCAUUGUGACCUGUACGCUCUCGUUGGCUGGCCCUCACUACAUAUUUGUCGCCAAACCCACUGGCUCCAGGUCAUCUAUAAAUCCCUUCUAGGCAAAUCCCCGUCUUAUCUUAGCUAAUUGGUCACCAUAGCAACACCCACCCGUAGUAUGCGUUCCAGCAGGUAUAUCUCACUGGUCAUCCCCAAAGCCAACACCUCCUUUGGUCGUCAUUCCUUCCAGUUCUCUGCUGCAAAUGACUGGAACGAACUGCAAAAAUCUCUGAAGCUGGAGACCCUUAUCUCCCUCACUAUCUUUAAGCAUCAGUUGUCAGAGCAGUUUACCGAUCACUCCACCUGUACACAGCCCAUCUGUAAUUAGCCCACCCAACUACCUCAUCCCCAUAUUGUUAUUUACAUUGUUAUUUAUUUUGCUCAUUUGCACCCCAGUAUCUCUAUUUGCACAUCAUAUUCUGCACAUCUAUCACUCCAGUGUUAAUACUAAAUUAUAAUUGUAAUUAUUUUGCACUAUGGCCUAUUUAUUGCCUUACCUCCAUAACUUACUACAUUUGCACACACUGUAUAUAGAUUUUCUAUUGUGUUAUUGACUGUACGUUUUGUUUAUUCAAUAUGUAACCCUGUGUUGUUGUUGUUUUUUCCGCACUGCUUUGCUUUAUCUUGGCCAGGUCGCAGUUGUAAAUGAGAACUUGUUCUCAACUGGCUUACCUGGUUAAAUAAAGGUGAAAAAUAAAUUUAAAAAAAGGUGGAAAUCAAUGCUUAUAACCCUUAUUACUUAUUGAGAUGCUUUUUAUUUAUAUCCUUAUGUAGGGUUUUAAAAUUCAAGUAGAAAAAGGUUUACUUGUGAAAACAUUGACAGUUUUUACUUUGUAGUGAAGUGUUUGUACUACUAAGCGACGCUGAAAAUAUAUUGCUAUAGACUUUAUGGUCGGAUUCUGUAUAAAGUUGGGAUUAAUUGAGCUCAUUGUCAUAUGUUUGCCUAUGCUGUGUGGACUGCAAGCAAUUUGAUGCAUUGAGGGGAGCCUAUAUAUAUGCUGUCGGGGGGGAGAGAUGGGAGGUGCUUGAUAGAUGGGGGGUUAAUUGGUCCGUAGGGUGGCAGGGGGGAAUAGAAUGUUGGCAUUAUGCUCUGAUGACCAUGCUGAGGGAGCAAUAGUUAAAACAAUAUGGGCUGUCAUGCUGCAUACAUUAAAACACAGUAUUUAAUUAAUUAUGGGCAUGUACAAGCUGCGGUUAUAGCAGCCAGCAGCACCUCCCAGCCCCAUCUCCAGCCCAGUGUGUUUGCUCAGCCUUAGCUGCUGUGGAUAAUUGUUGUCUGUGAUAUUUUCCCUCUGGACUGAGUUAAGUAAUGUCCGUGGCAGUUUUGAAAAGCUUAAAUAUUAAAUACAAUGGUCUUAAUUGAAUUGAAUAGAAAAUAGAACAUUGUAAAUUGCCCUUUUUGACAUUUUAAAGGCGUGAUCUGUGAUUUUUACAGCCGUUUUAGAUCAUUUCAAUUGAUUAAUAUGCACUGUAUAUUUCAGAUCUUUCAGGGGCUACUGGCUGUCUUUUAUAACCUGGGUGACAGACUCUACAACCUCACACUGCCCUUCCAACGCCUUGACAACGGAGAAUGGCACGAGGUGGAGCUGGAUCGUCAUGGCAAAGAGUUCACCCUUCGAUUGGACGGUGGCGGCGGGAGGCAGGAGGUCACAGCCGCUCCUGGAAUGAGUCAGGAGAUAGUCAUCGACCAAACAGUGGUGAUGCUGGGAAACUCCUUCCCCUCAGGAAACAACCACAGCUUCCUAGGUAUGGUACUGGUACUGCCAUCUGGUACUGCCCCCUGGUACUGCCCCCUGGUACUGACCAUUAAUAUUAUCCACCUAACUUCCCACUGGUAUUUCCCACUCGUUGUUACUGCCAGUGCCAGAGUACCAUGAGGGAAGAUAAAAUGAUUGAACGAAUGAACGAACAAAUGAAAGUGGUAUAAAAUCAUGUACAGUGCCUUGCAAAAGUAUUAAUCCAUGAGGCGGGUGAUUUGGACGGAGUCAGGCGCAGGAGGGUAAUUCACAGAAUAAAUGGUUUAUUCGGUAAGACAGCAGUACGCAGCAAUGCGUAAAACACUCCAGUGCGGUAUUACGGCGCACUGGAGAAAACAAGGCACACAGGUGAAUAUCCCGGCGAUACAAAAUACAAUAUAGCUCCACCGAGCUAUAGUAACCUCCACAAUAAACAAUCACACACAAAGACAUAAGGGCAGAGGGAACACUUAUACAGGUACUGAUGAGGGGAUAUGAACCAGGUGUGUGUAAUAAACAAGACAAGACAAAUGGAAUGAUAAGAUAAAAAAAUAAUUAAAAAAAUAAGAUGAUGAGCGGCAGUGGCUAGAAGGGCGGUGAUGACGAACGCCGAAGCCUGCCCGAACAAGGAGAGGAGGCAGCUUCGGAGGAAGUCGUGACAAUCCCCUUGGCAUUUUUCCUAUUUUGUUGCAUUACAACCUGUAAUUUCAAUUAAUUUUUAUUUGGAUUUCAUGUAAUGGACAUACACAAAAUAGUCAAAAUUGGUGAAGUGAAAUGAAAAAAGUAACUUGUUUCAAAAAAUUCAAAAAAAUAAAUAAUAAAAACCAAUUACCUUCAGAAGUCACAUAAUUAGUUAAAUAAAGUCCACUUUUGUGCAAUCUAAGUGUCACAUGAUCUGUCACAUGAUCUCAGUAUAUACAGUGGGGAAAAAAAGUAUUUAGUCAGCCACCAAUUGUGCAAGUUCUCCCACUUAAAAAGAUGAGAGAGGCCUGUAAUUUUCAUCAUAGGUACAUGUCAACUAUGACAGACAAAUUUAGAUUUUUUUCUCCAGAAAAUCACAUUGUAGGAUUUUUAAUGAAUUUAUUUGCAAAUUAUGGUGGAAAAUAAGUAUUUGGUCACCUACAAACAAGCAAGAUUUCUGGCUCUCACAGACCUGUAACUUCUUCUUUAAGAGGCUCCUCUGUCCUCCACUCGUUACCUGUAUUAAUGGCACCUGUUUGAACUCGUUACCAGUAUAAAAGACACCUGACCACAACCUCAAACAGUCACACUCCAAACUCCACUAUGGCCAAGACCAAAGAGCUGUCAAAGGACACCAGAAACAAAAUUGUAGACCUGCACCAGGCUGGGAAGACUGAAUCUGCAAUAGGUAAGCAGCUUGGUUUGAAGAAAUCAACUGUGGGAGCAAUUAUUAGGAAAUGGAAGACAUACAAGACCACUGAUAAUCUCCCUCGAUCUGGGGCUCCACGCAAGAUCUCACCCUGUGGGGUCAAAAUUAUCACAAGAACGGUGAGCAAAAAUCCCAGAACCACAUGGGGGGACCUAGUGAAUGACCUGCAGAGAGCUGGGACCAAAGUAACAAAGCCUACCAUCAGUAACACACUACGCCACCAGGGACUCAAAUCCUGCAGUGCCAGACGUGUCCCCCUGCUUAAGCCAGUACAUGUCCAGGCCCGUCUGAAGUUUGCUAGAGUGCAUUUGGAUGAUCCAGAAGAGGAUUGGGAGAAUGUCAUAUGGUCAGAUGAAACCAAAAUAUAACUUUUUGGUAAAAACUCAACUUGUCGUGUUUGGAGGACAAAGAAUGCUGAGUUGCAUCCAAAGAACACCAUACCUACUGUGAAGCAUGGGGUUGGAAACAUCAUGCUUUGGGGCUGUUUUUCUGCAAAGGGACCAGGACGACUGAUCCGUGUAAAGGAAAGAAUGAAUGGGGCCAUGUAUCGUGAGAUUUUGAGUGAAAACCUCCUUCCAUCAGCAAGGGCAUUGAAGAUGAAACGUGGCUGGGUCUUUCAGCAUGAUAAUGAUCCCAAACACACCGCCCGGGCAACGAAGGAGUGGCUUCGUAAGAAGCAUUUCAAGGUCCUGGAGUGGCCUAGCCAGUCUCCAGAUCUCAACCCCAUAGAAAAUCUUUGGAGGGAGUUGAAAGUCUGUGUUGCCCAGCGACAGCCCCAAAACAUCACUGCUCUAGAGGAGAUCUGCAUGGAGGAAUGGGCCAAAAUACCAGCAACAGUGUGUGAAAACCUUGUGAAGACUUACAGAAAACGUUUGACCUGUGUCAUUGCCAACAAAGGGUAUAUAACAAAGUAUUGAGAAACUUUUGUUAUUGACCAAAUACUUAUUUUCCACCAUAAUUUGCAAAUAAAUUCAUUAAAAAUCCUACAAUGUGUUUUCUGGGGAAAGAAAUCUCAUUUUGUCUGUCAUAGUUGACGUGUACAUAUGAUGAAAAUUACAGGCCUCUCUCAUCUUUUUAAGUGGGAGAACUUGCACAAUUGGUGGCUGACUAAAUACUUUUUUCCCCCACUGUAUACACCUGUUCUGAAAGGCCCCAGAGUCUGCAACACCACUAAGCAAGGGGCACCACCAAGCAAGCGGCACCAUGAAGACCAAGGAGCUGUCCAAACAGGUCAGGGACAAAGUUGUGGAGAAGUACAGAUCAGGGUUCGGUUCUAAAAAAAUAUCUGAAACUUUGAACAUCCCACGGAGCACCAUUUAAAUCCAUUAUAAAAAAUGGAAAGAAUAUGGCACCACAACAAACCUGCCAAGAGAGGGCCGCACACCAAAACUCACGGAGCAGGCAAGGAGGGCAUUAAUCAGAGAGGCAACAAAGAGACCAAAGAUAACCCUGAAGGAGCUGCAAAGCUCCACAGCGGAAAUUGGAGUAUCUGUCCAUAGGACCACUUUAAGCCGUACACUCCACAGAGCUGGGCUUCACGGAAGAGUGGCCAGAAAAAAGCCAUUGCUUAAAUAAAAGAAUAAGCCAAACAUAGCUUUUUGGCCAUCAAGGAAAACGCUAUGUCUGGUGCAAACCCAACACCUCUCAUCACCCCGAGAACACCAUCCCCACAGUGAAGCAUGGUAGUGGCAGCAUCAUGCUGUGGGGAUGUUUUUCAUCGGCAGGGACUGGGAAACUGGUCAGAAUUGAAGGAAUGAUGGAUGGCGUUAAAUACAGGGAAAUUCUUGAGGGAAACCUGUUUCAGUCUUCCAGAGAUUUGAGACUGGGACGGAGGUUUACCUUCCAGCAGGACAAUGACCCUAAGUAUACUGCUAAAGCAACACUCGAGUGGUUUAAGGGGAAACAUUUAAAUGUCUUGGAAUGGCCUAGUCAAAGCCCAGACCUCAAUCCAAUUGAGAAUCUGUGGUAUGACUUAAAGAUUGCUGUACACCAGCGGAACCCAUCCAACUUGAAGGAGCUGGAGUAGUUUUGCCUUGAAGAAUGGGCAAGAAUCCCAAUGGCUAGAUGUGCAAGCUUAUAGAGACAUACCCCAGGAUACUUGCAGUUGUAAUUGCUGCAAAAGGUGACACGACAAAGUAUUGACUUUGGGGGAGUGAAUAGUUAUGCACGCUCAAGUUUUCAGUUUUUUUGUCUUAUUUCUUGUUUGUUUCACAAUAAAAAAUAUUUUGCAUCUUCAAAGUGGUAGGCAUGUUGUGUAAAUCAAAUGAUACAAACCCCCCAAAAAUCCAUUUUAAUUCCAGGUUGUAAGAUAACAAAAUAGGAAAAAUGCCAAGGGGGGUGAAUACUUUCGCAAGCCACUCUAUUAUCUGUAUGUGAUUGGCAACACAAGACUGAUUCACCGUUAUGUUUCACACUUCUAAAUCACUGAGGUGAAUGAUUCCUUGGCUACCCCCACCUUCCUAUCUCAAAUGGCUUUAGAUUUAGACUCUGGGGAGGUAGGCUAUGGAUUUGGGGCUGAGGCAGAUGAAGUGUGAAGGACUUGAUUCAGGAGCAGGGGAUGUGUUUGUAUAAAUGAUUCAGGAGCAGGGAGGUGUCAGUAUAAAUGAUUCAGGAGCAGGGAGGUGUCUGUAUAAAUGAUUCAGGAGCAGGGAGGUGUCUGUAUAAAUGAUUCAGGAGCAGGGAGGUGUCUGUAUAAAUUAUGUGUUACACCUCAUCCUUCCCAGAGGAUGGCGAGACAACCAAGCAAAGUAAAUAUCCUCUGAAACAAACAAAGGGCUGCGCUGACAGCUAAUCCCCGGGCUAUCUCAGUGUGUGUGUGUGUGUGUGUGUGUGUGUGUGUGUGUGUGUGUGUGUGUGUGUGUGUGUGUGUCUCUAUUCCUGCGUGGCUGUGUGUUUCCGUCCCUUCAUGAAACUUACUUUAAAGGUUUUGCCUCAGGCCUAGUGUGUAUGUCUCUGAAUGUCACUAUGUUGGUGUGUCUCAUCUCUCUUUCCCUCUCUGUGUUUUUCCACCAGGGUGUCUGCGAGACCUGAGGCUGAAUGGGAGGCCCAUGCCCAUGGCCAAGCAGCCCUCCAUAGUGUCCGAGGAGCUCCAGGUGAUCACGUCCCAGGGGGUCUCCCCAGGUUGCCCCUCAGAUGCCUGCAGGAAACACCAGUGCUCUCCCCCCUUCAUAUGUGUGGACCUCUGGAGGAAACAUGAGUGCAGGUACAUAAAUGAUGGCAGCAAAACU